GGUCUACGGAUGGAAGAGGGAGGAGGAGCAUCACAACGCCGCCUGAAGGACGCAGAGCUGCAGCUCGGAACCGGGUUCAGAACCUAAAUCCAGUCGGUACCGGUACAGGGUGGAGAUGUAACACCCCGGAUGUGAAGAAACAUCGUCCUGUAGCUUUACGUCGAGUGUUUGGAACCGUCAUAGCUCCAUGUACAGACGCUGCUGCGUAUUUAAAUAUGAUGUAGCCGAUACGCACUGGCUUGACUGGCGGUAAAGAGAGGUCGCUGACGGACUGUGCGUAAUGCUGAGUGGACAGCAGCCUUUCUCGCUGUGUUUUCCAGCCUAGACGGGCUACUGAGCAGAGAUUCUCACUUCUCCUGCAGUGCAGCUCGUCAUUAUAACCAGAUGCUCUCCGCAGGACAGGACCCGUUCAGUUUCGUGCCGUCCAACCCGACCGGAGCCUGAGCCGAAGGAUGCAGGUUAAAAACCAGAUCUGCACCGAGAGGAGCAGCACCACCGACGACCCGGAGCAGGAUGAUAACCAGAAGAAGACCUCGUGUUUCUCCAACAUUAAGAUCUUCCUGGUGUCGGAAUGUGCGCUCAUGCUGGCACAGGGCACCGUGGGAGCGUAUCUGGUGAGUUUGCACAGAGGGACACAGAGCUGGUCUGGGGGAUCAGUGUGUCUCAGUUUAUCUCAGGUAACAUCGGGUUAACGCAGCGCCCUUCAAACCGGCUCCGGCAGACAGACAGUGAGUAACGACGCGCUGCUUCAGCUGAUGCGGUUAAUAAGCACAUUAUUCUGCUCACAUUAGAAUAAUCACAUCCUCCAGCAGCCAUGGGACGCGCUGCUUUCUCUGAUUGAUGACUUGCUGCGUAUUAUCCAUCAGGCCUAUGCACCAUCUGCAUGACACAAAGCGCGUCACGGCGGCCGUCGGCUCCACGUUGUUGUUGGAGAAUUUGAUAUGCGCACACGGAGGGUCUGCUGGGGAGCAGGUUACGAAACGCUGGUCCGGGGCUCCAUCCAGCACGCCGGCUCUGCUACAUAAUGCAGGAGGCCUUUGACACCGGAGGAUGCGGGCCUAUGAAUGACGUGAUCAUCACAAAAUAUGGCCCAUACAGUCCUUUUGGACGAGCUUUAUUUUCAACUGCAUGUCAGGUAUUGAUUACCAUGAGGUUUGAGUCAACAAAGAUAGGAUCGUUGCGGUGAAUGAAAAGAUGACUAGAAAGAUUUAAGAGCUGAAAGACAACAGAAAGGUUUAAUUGAAAGACGUUUCAGGCACAACCAGAGAUGCAGAGGUGAAUCUGAAGCAUCUGGGGUAACCAGGGGUGGAAAGAGCAGGCCUCCUAAAAUAAUCCUGCUAAAGUAAAAGUAAUGAAAUAUUUCUACAGCAGAGGUAAUACUUCUGCUGUCUACCUUAGUACUCUGUUAAUCUCCUGUAGUAAAACAUUUACUUUUGUUUGAAGUGCAAAAACAGUUUUGAAUAUAGUUUAUAAUGACUGACAAAGAGGUAGGUCGGUGUCAGACUAGUUGAUCAACAGCAUGUUGAACAAAAAUCUCUUUUUACCUUUAACCAAGUGAUAAACUGAUAAACUUUACCAAGAAGCCCCCCCUCAACGGUCUUGCUAAAUAUCACCUCAUUCACAUUGAGCCCCAAAUAAAAAAAUAAAAAAUAAAAGUCCACACAGGAGCAUUAAAGUACUAAAUUCUCUCUGUGCAACAUGUGUGGGGAAUCUGUGGUUUGUUACGGUUUCCUUGGUAUCUGUGUCUCUGUUUGAAUAAGGCUUUGUUUUAUUUAUUGGUAUUAUUGUGGCAGUAAUGAUACAUAAACAGCACUUGAGUCCAGGGCAAAAUUUCAGAGGGGACAAUAAAACGUAUCCUAUCAUAUUGUAAACCAUAUCAUCCUAUUGCAUAAUACCAUCAAAUCAAAUCAAAUAGUAUUGUGUUGUAUUGAAUUGUAUUGUAUUGUAAACCUCAGUAACUAAUGCUGCACAAAAUGUAGCAAAGUGCUUAAAAAAGUGGGAGUAAAAGGAAAAAGUUUUUUAAAACCACUCAAACAAGCACAAGUUCACACAGAAACAAAUUAUUGUGUGUGUUCUGAUUAACCAAUCUGAACAGGUUAUUGAUUGGUGAACAUGUUGUAUUAAAUAGUUAGCUGACCAGUUUUACAUGAUCUGGUUGAGGUUGUACUGUGUUAUUUCUGUAUGCAUGUUAGAGCAUUAUCAUCUGUGCCUGGUCAGGUAGUACUCAGUAGCUCUCAGGCUGAUUGAUAACAGAUAGACAUUCUCUGUCUCAGAAAUCAAGUUAUGUGGACUCAGUAUAAUGAACAGAGAACUUAAAAGUCUGCCAGUUUGUUAGCUUUUCAGAAAAAGUGAUGUACAUAGGCUGCAAAACUAAUAUCACCCGAUGAGACCUCAUGAUGAAACCUCUGCUGUGAUGUUUAAAUUUGCAAGAAGCAGAAAGACCAGGCCUUAAUGUUAAAUCUCAUCACACACAUGUUGACAAAUGAUGACAUAUUUCUCAGUUUUGUUGCUGUAGUGUGUGCAGUGUGCAAAGGGGGAUUGAACACCGCACCAGGACCCUGACUGUCACUGCUGGAAAUCUCAUCUACUCUUAAGGUCAAAUGUGACUUCAGAGUGAACAACCAUGGCGUACUACAUGAGCUAACCAAUGCUAGCUGAUGUUUGUCAAAAGAUGAGACGAUGAAGAGCUGAAAAUAUCACUUAUAUCAAAAACAGAGACAAAUACAGGUUUUCAUGAUUAUGAUGAUGACAUGAAGAAAUUGUCUUGGCUUGAAUGAAGGACAUUUAAAUUCAUCAUAUUUUCCCCACUGAGGAUCUGAACCAUCCACUGAAAUACGAACAGCAUAUUCCUCUAACAGGCUGAGUUAGUUUACGGGCAAAACCCACAGGAUCUGGAAUGGCUCCACUCCGCUCCGGCAUGGUAUGCAUCUAAUACGCAAGCAUUAUAAUCAAUGUGUGUGAUUCCACACAAUCCAUGGGUGUUUAUAUACACCGCCGUUUAUACACACAGAUUGGCAGAUCUCAUUCUAUGACUCCCGGGGAAACACGCAAGAUCUCGUCCAGUCUCAUGAGAAAUAUCGGCAAUCUUGUGAGCGCUUCUCCUCCGAUGGUGGGCACUGUAUGCCUGUGCAUCUGAUCUGCCUGCCGGUCCGGAGCGGAGCCGUUCCGGAUCCAGUGGGAAUCCCGGAUUAGGGGUGCAGGGUUCAUUCUGGCACUUGUCUGCAUUAAGUGCUAUCUGCGUCCAUGCUACUUUCUCAUUUUUAAAAACUUUUCCAGCUGUGUGUUGACAAAGAUGCAACCAGCAUCUCAGGGUAACGUCGUUGUAAUGCUUGAUGUUUUUUCAGCUCUGACCAUUGACAGCUCCAUCCUUUACAGUAGCAGCCUCUCUUUGACCCAUCAUUUCAGUUGUGGUAUGUCUUACUGAACACACUGUGUAAAUAUUUUUGUUGUUGCCAUGUGACAUCAUGUAGGUUUUAUUUUUUUGAGGUCCAUCCAGGUUUAUGUUUUGUGUUUACUAACUUAACCAUGGCUGGAUUUGCUGUGCUGCUUUCACCAGUCAGCUUGAUUCCCACCUAGCUAUCAUUUUGUUCCUGGUGACAAUGGACAGAGUGAGCGCUUAGUCGUCCUUGGGAUUCUCUCUAUACCUUUUGGAUUUCUGAUCAUCAGUAUCAGUAUUGGGUUUAGUGUUCAUGAUAUAGAGUUGGUGUGGCUCAGAUUGUCUUAGGGGGCUUUCACACCAAGGUAGCUUUGGUGUUUAGUCUGAACCUUGGUCGAGACCAAACAGCUGGACCUUGGUCCGACCAAAAGAGGUGGUCUCAGUCUGCACCAAACUGAACCAUGGUCUGGUUCAUAUCCAGUGUGAAAGCAUUAUUUUUGAAAGGUCCUGACCUUUGCACCAAAGACAGGAAAUGAUGCGAAAAGUAGAAAUAUCUUUUCCAGAGUUUUAUUACACAUACUUUGAUUUGGAGCCAGUGUUGCAAUGACUCGAAGGAUUGUAUACUUUCUUCUCCUUUCCCGUUGAUGUCGAUAAAGUUGUCGGCUGAUGAUCAAAUUCAUGAGACUUCCUUGGACCAGCCUCAUAUACAGCUCCUCAAGUUGUAGCUGUUGAAGGUAGAAAAUCAAAAAUAGUACAAUGGUGGGAAUGACAAUUUCAUCCAUGUUUUCUCCAUUCAAGACCUGCGCUUUUCAACAUGUUGACAUCAGACGCCUGCUGAUCUAAUGGCCAAUCAGUGUAAACUACAGAGACACGCAAAGCAUGUUGUUGAUGACGAUAUCAUGUAGGUUCGUCAUGCAAAGUUUCUUAGUCUGACCUAGGUCCAGACUUUCAGGUGUGAAAACACCUUUAUAUGCUGACCAGAGGGGGAGAAAAAAAAACUCUUAACACACCUCAUACCACAGGUUGACAAUCUUAAGACCUAUCUGCAGUUAGGUUAGUUUGUAAGGGAGGAAUUGGGCCAAAACCUGCAUGAUUAUGUUAUACUGUGUUAGAGAGAUGCAGUAAUAUGAGUAAAUUACAUGAGUUACCUUUUACGACUGGUGCCAACACAAAGAAAACCUUCAAACACUGAAUGUAUGAUUUUGAUAGAUUUCAAAGCCAUCAAUGAGCUGCUGAUUUAAUUUUGAGGGUCAUGUCUGUGGGGGGGCUAUGAAACUUGUUUCCUCUGCAGAUGUAAAUCUAUCUGAAGGUAAAUGACACCACCUAAAUCGGACACAUGAUUCACCUGAUGCUAUAAAUAACUGCACAUGAUGGCUCCAUUUGACUCCCCAUGAGAGACACUCAGUUGACAAAGUACCUAUCUGAGUUGACAGGAGUUUGAUUAACAGGCAAGGUCAAAGGUCGGUGAGUUGACAUUAUUGAAUCAAGUCAUUGCUCACAGUUUGAGAUCAGAAAUACAAGACAAAUCCUUGAAUUUUGUGAAGAAAUCAACCAUGUAACAUCCUCAUCAUCCAGAGAUACCAUCCUCUGUCUCAUUUUCCUGUGGCGGGGUCAUAAAAGAGGCCUUGCUAGGACUUGUCAGUGGCUCGCUGAGGACUGCAGUUUGACGAAAACCACGCCUAGGUUGGUUUUAAUGUGUUUUGCGCCAGUCACAAAUUUAAAGAGCAUUAGCGUUUACCUUGAAGACUGCAGUGAAACCUCCUGCUUAAAAACAGCUUCACAAACCAAAAGUGCACCUUUGGCAAAUCCUGCAGCAGACAGAAGCUGAGCAGGAGCUCCGCCUGUCCUCUGCUGUGUGAAAUAUUGUCCGUUUCAUCAUCUCUUAUCCUCUGUAAACUCAGAUCACACCCUGUCUUUUUUUUACUCUCUCUUCUCAGCAGCACAUUAUUUCUUUUGCUAGUAAAAUACAGUAAAUCUCCAGAUACCAUACAGACUGAUCAUCAGCUUUUGAGGGGGGAGCAGCCUGCCAUGACUUUGCCGAUAUUCAUCAAACUGAACUUAUGUUAAACCUUUUGAAAUAAUCUAAUUGUCAGGCUGUAGUGUCUUUUAUCCAUCACUUGCACAGUGUGUGCUGUGCUGGUUGGUGACAGAACUAGGUUAGUGUCUCACUGUUGAAAUAAUAGACCCGUGACAGCCAUCAUCCUUUUUUAGAAGUGAAUAACACAGUGUUCACCCUUUUCGGAAGUCUGGGAGGGGAUGGGGUUGGGGGUGGAGCGCUGGCAGUCUUCUGGCUGUUUGGGUUUCUACAAAAACCUCUGAUUGUGUUUUAGUGGAGAUAGGCCUGAGAUGGUGGGGAUAGUUAUUCUCUUUCAAAUGUAAAGGAAGUCAUAUUAUUGAUCAAAACUGGGUUUUUAUUACCACCCAUAAUCUUAGUUUUUAGGAUAAAACAGUCUCAACUCGACUCCAUAUUCAUUAAAAAGGGUUUAGGUGGUUAUCAAGAGUAUGUCAGCCAGCUGAUUAGCAGAUUAAUGGAUUAGAUGAAACAUAAAACUCUGUGUAAUGAAUAUAUUUAUAUGUACACUACAGGCCAAAAGUUUGGAAGCAAGAUCAGAUUUGUAAAAAAAAGACCAUAGUUUCAUAUAUAUAAUUUGCAACACAAUAAACAUGACUAUUGUGUUAAGAGUAACUCAUCAGAACACAUUUUGGCUCUAAUUAUUAGGUAUUUGAGUUAUUGUUGCUUAGACUUUGCUUUCUUUAAAGUAACCUCCUCUGGCUUUAACAACAACUUGGCAUAUACCAGGCAUUCGUUCCACAAGUUUUUUAAGGUAUGUUCCAGGGAUUGCAAUCCAAGCUUUCUUAAGUUCAUUAAAAAGAGACUGCUGAUUCGUGGGACGCAUUUUUCUGACUGAUCGAUCCAAUUCAUCCCGCACAAGCUCAAUUAAGAAAGGUCUGGAGACUGAGGAGGCCAAACCAUCUUUUGAAGAACACCUUCCUCUUCUUUUUUGUCUAGGUAACCCUGACAGAGCUUGGCAGAGUGCUUAGGGUCAUUGUCUUGCUGCAAAUCAAACCUAUGAGCCACAAGUCUGAGUCCAGAUGGAGCAGCAUGGUGCUGGAGGAUGGAGUGGUACUGUCCCUUCUACAUGAUACCCUUUAAUUCAAACAAAUCUCCUACUCCAUCACCUGCAAAACAUCCCCAUACCAUGGAACUACCACCUCCAUGCUGAAUUGUGGGUGUAACACAUGAUGCUUUCAGACGUUCACCAGUUUGACUGCGGACAUAGACUCUGCAUUUUGAACCAAACAGUGCAAACUUGUUAAUAGUCAUCAUAAGUCCAAUUUUUGUGAGCUUUUGCCCACUCAUAUCUCUUUUUCUUGUUCUGUGGACGAAGUAGUGUUUUUUUGCAGAUACACAACCCUUCAGACCAGCCGUUCUCAAACAUCUUUUCACAGUUGUCAGAGAUAUGGGUUUCGACAUUGUCAUGUUGAUUUCCUCCCUUAUUUUUGGUGCUGUCUUUUGCCGAUCUCUCUUACUGGUGACAAUGCUACGUUUAUCCUCUGCUUUUGUCAUAACUCUCUUUCGUCCAGGUCUUCUUCUAUCAUCAUAACUUCCAGGUUCCUCUAGUCUCUUCAGAGUGUAGUGGACUCCUUUGUUAAACACCUUUAGGCGUUUUGCAAUUUCUCUUUCUGUGUAUCCAUCUUUCCUCAAUGUACAAAUCUGUACUUUUGUUUUUUUACUCAGUUGCUUCUUUCUAGCCAUUUUUGCGGUAGUUUGAACGCAGUUGAGAUUUAUUAGGAUUUUUGUAUGCAGACUCUCAAAAGCCAAAAAGUUGAAGUGAAUAAUCCAACUGUGAUUUGUUUUUUUGCUUUUGCACUGAAGUUGUGACUCUUGCAAAUGUUUUCAACCCUAAAACUAAGCCCUUAUUAUCUUUUGCUGGCAUAUAUUUAGCAAUGGUCUGUUAACAUCAAUGUAUAUCUAAAGGUAAAUGGAGUAAAAUGGUGCAUUUCCAUGAAAGCAACAUCUGAUCAUGGAGUAAAUACAUCCCAAAAUACAGAAAACUCGUGCUGGAUCAAAAGAAAAAAGAAAAGAAACAAAAACUCGGAGUUACUCCCAACUGUUUGGCCUGUAAUGGCCUUGCUUCUAAACUUUUGGCCUGUAGUGUAUAUAUAUAUAUAUAUAUAUUUAUAUUUUCUUUGUUAAAAAAAAAACUCAGGAUGUGAUUCUAAAUUCUGCUUGGUUCCAGCUAGAAAUAUGUGCAUAUGUAUAACCAAGUAAUGUUCAAAAGUCACUGCUGUGCCUGUCACAAUAAAAGCUUUUCACUGCACAUGAUGAAGAGCAGUCAUUGUAAUAUUAUUCUGAUUUUUUAAGACAACAAAAAAGCAAAUGUUUUUGGUCAAAAUUAGGAAAGGCAAGACAAUAGUGGAGCAACUAACAGAUUCACAAUUGUUUCCACUAAAUGCCAUUUACUUUAUGUAAGUACUAGCUUCAGGUAACAACUAUCAUUAAUUACAAUCAAAUGAAUAAAGACAAACAAAUUUAUUACUUGAUUUUUUUAAUAUCUUUUUUCUUUAUUUUUAGCCGUAGUUUUGUGCUGAUUUUUUGGUGUGUUUUUUUUCUUUUGCCUUUAAAAACUGGAGAGAGUUGGGAAAUAUGGGGAGUAGUGAGCAGGGAAUACACACAGCAAAGGCUUCAGGCUGGAAAUCUAAAAAACCACUGCUGUGACCAAGACUGCAGCCUCUAAACAUGUGGUGCUUCAAACCGUGAGGCUACUACCACUACUACAUUUAUAAUACCACUACUACAUUUAUUAUACCACUAUGAUCCAUUAGCUACAUUAGUUGCAUAUGCUUGUUUGCAGUAUUUCACUGUUUCUUUUUUUAAGAAAAGACUUUUAUUGCCAGUCAUGGUAUAAUAUUGCAGCCCUGGUAAUUACCCUAACUGGUCAGUAUGUGAACUACUCGCCUGUAGAACAUACACUCACCGGCCACUUUAUUAGGUACACCUGUCCAACUGCUCGUUAACACUUAAUUUCUAAUCAGCCAAUCACAUGGCGGCAACUUAGUGCAUUUAGGCAUGUAGACAUGGUCAAGACAAUCUCCUGAAGUUCAAACCGAGCAUCAGUAUGGGGAAGAAAGGUGAUUUGAGUGACUUUGAACGUGGCAUGGUUGUUGGUGCCAGAAGGGCUGGUCUGAGUAUUUCAGAAACUGCUGAUCUACUGGGAUUUUCAUGCACAACCAUCUCUAGGGUUUACAGAGAAUGGUCCGAAAAAGAAAAAAUAUCCAGUGAGCGGCAGUUCUGUGGGCGGAAAUGCCUUGUUGAUGCCAGAGGUCAGAGGAGAAUGGCCAGACUGGUUCGAGCUGAUAGAAAGGCAACAGUGACUCAAAUAACCACCCGUUACAACCAAAGGUAGGCAGAAGAGCAUCUCUGAACGCACAGUACGUCGAACUUUGAGGCAGAUGGGCUACAGCAGCAGAAGACCACGCCGGGUGCCACUCCUUUCAGCUAAGAACAGGAAACUGAGGCUACAAUUUGCACAAGCUCAUCGAAAUUGGACAAUAGAAGAUUGGAAAAACGUUGCCUGGUCUGAAGAGUCUCGAUUUCUGCUGCGACAUUCGGAUGGUAGGGUCAGAAUUUGGCGUCAACAACAUGAAAGCAUGGAUCCAUCCUGCCUUGUAUCAACGGUUCAGGCUGGUGGUGGUGGUGUCAUGGUGUGGGGAAUAUUUUCUUGGCACUCUUUGGGCCCCUUGGUACCAAUUGAGCAUCGUUGCAACGCCACAGCCUACCUGAGUAUUGUUGCUGACCAUGUCCAUCCCUUUAUGACCACAAUGUACCCAACUUCUGAUGGCUACUUUCAGCAGGAGAAUGCGCCAUGUCAUAAAGCUGGAAUCAUCUCAGACUGGUUUCUUGAACAUGACAAUGAGUUCACUGUACUCAAAUGGCCUCCACAGUCACCAGAUCUCAAUCCAAUAGAGCAUCUUUGGGAUGUGGUGGAACGGGAGAUUCGCAUCAUGGAUGUGCAGCCGACAAAUCUGCGGCAACUGUGUGAUGCCAUCAUGUCAAUAUGGACCAAGCUCUCUGAGGAAUGCUUCCAGCACCUUGUUGAAUCUAUGCCACGAAGAAUUGAGGCAGUUCUGAAGGCAAAAGGGGGUCCAACCCGUUACUAGCAUGGUGUACCUAAUAAAGUGGCCGGUGAGUGUAUAUAUAUGUAUAUUUUUUCAAAUUUGGGUCAGUCCACUGUUCGUAACCAGGGCUCUAGCUAUAGUUAACGACCAUUGCAAUGGAGCUAUAAUGCACUAAAACAUGGGGUAAAACAAACACAGACAGCAGAUGGCACUUUGGAGCAUAGCAUGGAUUAUAAGUAUUACAUUAAAAAGGUUGAGACACGUUGUAUGAAGGUUGAGUCUGGUUAAGGACGAUGUGUAACCAGCACAGCAUUGGGAUGUUAUCCUUUAAGUAGAACUGAAGGCAGAUGUUGCUAACAGCAUUGUAGGGCUGCACGAUUUUUUGGCCCAAAAAUAAGAUCCUGAUUUUUUUCUCUGCAAACUUGAUUUUCAAUUUCAAUUGUUUAUUCAGUUACAACUUCACCAAACUUCACUUUAAAAAUAAAAUGUUUUUCUGUCAUCUCUCAAAACAAAACUACUGAAAACGAUGUUAGUGCAUAUGCCAAGUCAGUAAGUGGCACUGUAAUGCUGUCGAGGAAAUGCACAAAAGACAGAAGAACAGAGCAGAGCAUGCGUAUAAAGGAUGUUUUGGCCGGACACGUGCUGGCACCAUAAAAGAGUUACACUGUGUGUGACACAAUCGUUUCAAGAGAUGCAGAUAGACAUCCACACAGAGAUGAAAUGGUAGUCUUUUAUGAUUCAUGGACUCUCUAACCCAUUUUCAAAAAGUAGAGUUUACAGUCACCUGAAAUGCCGUUUUCAUGUGGAUGAAAUGCCGAUACAAUGAAAAACGUAAGUGUUUACUCCUGAAUUUGUUUCUGUGUGGACUGGUUGAUACCGCUUUCAGACAGACUUUGCAGCGGGACGUGGUUUGCUCUUCAUCCGAAACUGCGAAGCCAAAUUAAUUCCACACGACUGACUUGUUGGAAGGGGGAGCCUAUAAUGCCGAGACAUGAUAGAGAGGAAAAUCGAUUUGACAAUUUAAGUUUUUUUUGUUUGUUUUUUUUUAAAAUCAAAUAAUCCAAUUGUGAUAUAAAAUCGAUUUAUCAUGCAGCCCUACAACAUUGUUUAUCCACAGACUUUGUGAACUAGUAUUUAGUUGUGGUGGGGACAUUGUGCUGAAAAUUUGACUACUCUCUGUGUUUUUUCUUACCUCUAGACCAGUCAGCGAGGUGGACCUAAAAUUUCUUUUUAACCAACUAGAAAAUCUGUGGCUUCAGACACAUUCCAGCUGAUACAUUGGAGUUGAUUUACAACAUGUCGACCAGACUGCAUGUUACUGAGUAUGAGCAAGAAAUAUUUAUUACAAAUUUAUUAUUGACGUUUUUUUCCUCUCAUUUUGAAAAUUAAUUACUUUUGAUUUGUGCCUCAUGGGGAAAUUAAGUACUGGCACACCUUGAUAGUAUAUUAUUAAAAUGAGCUAAUUUCAUUGAUCUAUUUGCAUCAUAUCAUUCUUCAGACUGGAUCAUCAUGGAAAGGAGAGAUGCAGAGGCCUUAAUGUGAUUUCUUUUUUUUGCAUAGUCAUAGUUAGGUUCUCCAUUUUAUCUGCAUAUCUCUCCUUAAAGUCCUAGGCCUCACACUGCACCGUUUCCUUUGAUGAAUCAUUAAUAAAAGUUUAAAAUAACUCCUGGCUGUCCUUUUAUCUGAACUCCUGGAGAUGAUGGAGCACAGGUUUGAUGCAAGCAGCCAUUUUUCACCCACACACACCCUUAACGCAGCUGUUACGGCAUGUUUGUGUCCCAUUUAUAAUGAGAACAGCUGUGUGAGGUUUCUAGCCUAAAGCCGCACACAUGCAUACUUCCCUUUUCCCCAGACUGGCAUCAGGAUCGCCUUAGGCUUGUUUUGGAGGAGGAGGAGGAGGAAGAGGAAGCAGCUCGGCCUGCAGUGCUGCUUGGCUACUAUGUGACAUCAACAGGUUGCUGUUGUUGCUUGGAGGGGCAGAUGGCUGCUCAUACCUGCAUUUUAUGAAUAACAGCAGCUAUGAUCAAUAACAGCACGCUGGCCUCAGUUCAUAUUUAACCCUGCCAUCUAAGUGGACCAGAAAAUACAGCCCUGGCUUCAAAUUGUUGGGAUGCUGUGUGAGAUGUUGACUUUAUUGUUUAGUGAAAAAAAUGCUUAUUUUAGAUAUGAUGCUUUAAAAAAGGUUGGGCAGGUAACAUAAACAACUAUUCUGCAGCACAUCUUUUUUUAAACAACACUCUGUAAAGAUUUGGGAACUGAGGCGGCUGGUGUCUGUGGUUUUAGAGGUGAAAUCUCCCAUUCUUGCCUCAUACAGGAUCCCAGCUGCUCAACAGCUAAGGGUCAACUUUUUCACAUUUUACUUUAAAGAUGUGCUUCAUGUUUUGAAUAAGUAACACGUUAGGACUCAAGGAGGGCCACUCUUGCCACUGAAGUCUGGUGGUCCAUGAAAAGAAGUUGAUGAUUUCCAAAAGGACUGUGAAUUUCAGUUUUUUGGUCCGUCUUAAAUGGACUCAGACCCAGAGAAGUUUGUUGAUCAUGUCUAAAUAUGGUUUCCUCUUUGAAUUGUACAUAUUUUAUUUGAAUUUGAGGACACACUGUGUCCAGUAGUGUUUGAGGUGGUUUUUGGUCCGUGCAUUGAUUUCCACUAUGGAGUCAUGUCUGCUCUGAUGCGUUGUUGCCUGAUGGUCCCGAGGAUCAGGGCCAUCCAGUAUUGGUUUUUGGGUCGGUUCCUUUUUGUACAGAGAUUUCUCCAGAUUCUCUGAAGGUUUUUAUCAUAUAGAUACCAUGGUUGAGCAAAUCUACAGAAUUGUUUGCAGUUGAACAUUGAAGAGCAUCCCUCUGGAACUGUUGAACUAUUUGCUCACACAGUUUCUCACAGACCGGUGAACUUCUCUUUAUGUCUACUUCUAAUAGACUUAGCCUCUCUGCAGUGCCCUAUAAUACCAAGUCAUGUUACUCACCAGUUGCAUAUCAACCUCAUUAGUUUGGAGAUGUUCCUCUAGCUGUUUCUAGCACUUACCUUUUUGAAACAUUUUGUGGCAUCAAACUUAAAAUGGGCUCAGAUUUGUCAUAAAGUAUCACUUUCCUCGUUUUAUUUUAUCUGUAAACGUGACCAUUUGAUUUUUUUUCUGCUCUUGUGCAGUUUUUAGUUAAACAGAGGGUCUAAGUGUCUCCCAAACUAUUAAAAACCGGCUACGAUGAUCUGCGAAAUAUAAUUUCGACACUUAAAGGCAAUGUGAGGAGUAUUGAACUGUUGUUUUAGACGGUGUCACUCUUGUACUGAUGUCUUUUUAGGGCCCAAAUAGAAAAUGGUAAACCAUGAGAAGACUGGUCAUUUUCUUAUACUAAAUUUGAGCUCUUGUAAUUGCAUCAGUUUUUCCACACACACACAUAUACACACACACACACACACACACACAUACACGCACACACACACACACACACACACACACACACACACACACACACACACAUACACGCACACACACACACACACACACACACACAAAGACUCUGGAUGAUAUUCAGUGUUGAUCCCUGUAGAGGUUUUGUUUUGAACUUUGCUUGUAAAGUUUGGCAGUGAGUUAGCAACCAAGAGGAGUUUUUUUACUACAGAGAUUUAACAAUUGAAGUGAUAAAACAGGUUGGUUUUUCUAAAGCGUUCAAGACUGUCCUUGUACAAAUUGGUUGUGUUGAUACUGUGACUACCUGCUGUGUUGAAUAUUGACUGCAUUAGUGGCUGCUAUUUAACAUUAAUAAGAGUUAACAAGUCUGAAGCCAAACCAAAUUGAAAUGAACCUGAAAAAAGAGCUCUGCAGAACCCAACCAUCAGGAAGGAUCGUGCUAAAUGAAUGAGUUAAUUAUUAAACAACUUACUAUGCAAAGGUUUUGAAAGGAAAUGUCAUGUUAAAGGGUUUUUGAUGGCUGCUAACUGGUAAAAAUACUAAAAGAUAUAUAGUUUAGCCACAGUGUCAAUAUUUUUAAAACUUUUUCAAACAGGAGCAGAGUGGAUUGGCUUCUACUGUAGAAAAUAAACUCAAUGUAAAUCAGCACCACACGCAGUCACCACCCUAAAAAUACCAAACUAUCCCUGUAAAACUUUGACUUUGUCUUUUGUACUGCCAGGUGAGUGUCUUGACCACUCUGGAGAGACGCUUCAACCUCCAGAGCGCUGAUGUGGGCGUUAUUGCAAGUAGCUUUGAAAUUGGCAACCUGGCCCUCAUCCUGUUUGUCAGCUACUUUGGCGCCAAGGCCCACAGACCGCGCCUGAUUGGCUGUGGCGGAAUCGUCAUGGCACUGGGGGCCCUCCUGUCGGCGCUUCCAGAGUUUCUGACUCACCAGUACCAGUAUGAGGCCGGGGACUCGUGGCACGCCGAGGAUGGCAGGGAUGUCUGUUCAAACAUCUCCAGAUCAGAGAACCGAGACUCUGGGUUUAAAUGUGGCAACAGAGCCAACACCAACAUGAUGUACCUUCUGCUGAUCGGAGCCCAAGUUUUGCUGGGCAUCGGAGCCACGCCAGUCCAGCCUCUUGGAGUGUCGUACAUCGACGACCACGUUCACAGAAAGGACUCCUCGCUGUAUAUAGGUGAGUGGCUGUCAGAUUUUACUGAGUCUAUAAUCUUAAGAACCAGAUCUAAGCUGUUUGCCUGUGCAACUCUUAUUACUGCAGACUGUUUCAUGCUACAUCUUCAUUUACAGUUUCUCUCUCCUUGAUAUUAAACUGAAUCAAGCACAGAACCCCCACAAACCCACAGAAACUGCUGUUGUUCAUACUUUGUUGCUGAAUGUGAUCACCAUACAGGGAUAAUGCAUAGUGAGCGGGUUGUCAUAGUGGAUUGAAACUGUAAAGGUGUGACAAGGACCCCAACACAAUCUAAUGUUAAUAUUUCUGUCACAGUUGCAGAUAAUAGUUUUGGGGAUAGUUGAGACAGACUUUCCAGGUGAAGGCAAAUUAAAAGAAGUGGAUGUGGACUGUAGCAUUGUCCUGAUGUGUUGAACCUGGCCUGGGGGACACCAGAGUGUAACACCAAAAUCACCCUAAGGACAACCACGAAAGAUCAGCUGUCCAAAUGAAUUUUAAUUAAUUUUUAAGCUCUAUUUUAACAGAAAAAAAACUCAAGAAGUGUAAAAGCCAAAAUAACAGGAGAAGAAACCAGCUCUUUAACCAAAACUUUCUUACCUCAACAAAAAGGCAAACACCUAACCUUACUCUCUAACUUCAGAUAUACAUGUGUAAAAUAAAAGGUUUCUCUCCUCUACCACUAUGUCCAGCAGGGAUAUGUUACUGCUUUGAGAGUUUCUGUAAAAGAAGACAAGAAAAAAAAGUUGUUUUAGAUUGACCCCAUGAAUUAUGGUAUCAGAUCAGAGCAUUGAUCCGUGUACUAACUGAUAUCAGGGAGCCGAUUUCAGGUCACAGGAGAGAGGCAUUUUCUAAAGAUCUCUGAGCCAGCUGUCGGGUAAUGAUGCUCUUCUGUGGGUUUUUGCAGCUGAUGUUCAAGUGUCAGUGUUGACAUUAUCCACAAAAACAUUUUUAUCCUCAGAGGCUUGAGCUAAGGUGUAAUAGCACUUCAAAAGUGGAUCUAAAUCACAGACUGAGGUUUGGAGACACUUCACUCAUCAUUUCUGAGCAAAUCAAAACAGAAAUAUCUGAACAGGCCAGAUGAGACAAGCGCUGAGGUGUUAUCAUGUUGUUAAAAUGCAGAUGUAUUUCUCAAAUUUUACACAAUGCAUUAACACUUGAGCUGUUCCCAUUAGCCCUGAACAAAAAGAUAUACAUUUUUAUGACACAACUAAAAGUACAUGCAAGUAUGCAUACAUUAAUUUCCUGUUUAAUUAACGCAGAAUACACUGUAUUUAGCAGUCCAUAAUUGUAGGAGUGAGGACACAUCUGACAGCUUGUUCCUGUGAAACUGAGCUGCACAGUACUGACAUAGUUUGGACUGAAACAGAUAAUGAGUUUAGCCCGUGGAUGGAAAUAUCCCAAGCUGUUAAACAUGUUAGUAAUGUGUGAGGGAAAGCCUGAAUCCAUCAAUAAUCUGCUAUUUUAAACUCUUUCUCAAUGGUGUCUCCAUCCUGUAGUAAUAGUGGUGUAUUUAUGCAAUGGGUGUGAUGUAACAUCCAAUUAAAAUAUCAAUACUGCAAACUGAUUUUUUUCAUCACUUAUGGUUUUGUUCACUGCCUACUGUUUGUGUUUCAGAGGGAUUUGUUUGGGAGUGUGUGCUGUGCCUUGACGAUGGUGUGUGCGUGAGUGUGUAUGUGUUCUGCAGAGAAGAUCCUCCUCAUGGUGAAAAGUCACAUGAGUGUCCUAGGGCAUUUUGCUCCUGACUUCAGUGAACGAUUAGUGUCCAGCCGCAGACGGCAACAGUUAUACUUACAGCGCAAACCCAAAGGUCGACAUAACACACAUUACAGCCUGUCUGCCAAAGUUGCCAAGGCAACAGAGCAGAGACAGACACUGAGGCUACACUAUGUACUUUCCUGCUUUCACUGUUCAGCGACCUGCGAGCAGCACAGCUCCAUUUGGAAAGACACGAGGAAAGAGACAAAGGACAAGAGGAUAAUGACAAAAAAUGAUCACCUAUCUAUAGUUCUAUCUGUAACUCUCUAUUUCUCUUUCUUGCCCUCUGUAUGAAAAUUUCAGCCGAUAUCAUCAAUAUUAUAGAAGUGACUCAUUAAUUAUGUGCAUGCAUGACAGCUUAGCUGUGCCAACUUUUAUGUAUGGGAUACAGUCCAUACAUGAAUGUAUUAAACAGACAGCAGACACAAUUUUGAUGUCUGCAUUAAGAAAUUAAUUCAUAGUAGUAGAAUCAAAUGUCUUGUUUUAUGUCUGUUUCUAGAACUCAACAACCUUCACAAUAAGAGUAUCAGGUAAAUUUCAGUAUAGCAGAGACUUGGUGUAUUCGAGAGUAUGUCAGUAAAGGUUUGUAAAUAUUUACAGUAAUGCUAAAAUGUCUAAAACUCACCAAUGAUAUAGAAGUGUGUUUCUCUAUUUUGCCUAACACAUCAUAACAAGCACAUGCAAACAGAAUUUGAGGCAGAAAAAUGUCCUGCUUUUAAACAACUAAACCAUAAAUGUAGAGGAGAUGGAUCCAAAUGAGAAUUACCAGUUUUUAAAGAGAGAGAGCUGAGUUCAAUCUAAUUCAAACUGUAUUUAUCUAGUAGGAAUUUUAUUUGUGUAAAAGCAACAGUGCAACAAAACACACAGCUAGACAGACGUGACAGGGGUGGACAACAAAAAUAAGCAGCUAUAAUGGAAACAACUUCAACGGUCAGCAAUUAAAAUGAAUAAGACUAAAAAUACUAAGGAAUAAAUGUAAAAUAAGUAAUGGAACCAUGUAUGAGAAGAUGAUUACUUAAGCUUUUUCACAUUGGUGGAAGCAGUAGUAGUGUAGUGUAGUUGAAGGAGUAGUACAAGUAGUAGUAGGAGUAGUAGUGGUAUUCCAGGAUCUCUCUCUAGUACAUCAUUCAAUAUGGUAAAUUGAUAUGGGAGUGUGUGUUAAUGAUGGACAGAUUGGUGGUUCCAUCACACUUUGACAAUAAUAAAAACAGAAAUUAAAUCAAAGAAAGGAAAACAUUUGACAGAUAAAAAAAUGAAUAACCAUAAAACCCUCCGGUGGAUGACGCCCCCCCAAAAAUGUUACUUGUUCUUCAUAAUUAAUCAGCUAAUGAAUUAUCUGGCCAGGUCUAAAAGUUAUCAUUCCUUGUCCUGUAAAGAACACUUCUCUCUAUUAUUUCAGUAAUCAUUGCUAUGGACUCAAAGUCAAUUUUGGCCACCAUUUGGCUAGUAAAAACCACCAGCUUCUGAGCUAGUCCUUGGCUAGUUAGUUGUCCCUUCUCAUGUUUCAGUGCAGACCUCUCACAGGGUGAGAACGCCUGCGGUUUGUUCUGUACAUGCUUUGAUCAGUACAGUCUCUGCCAGCAGCACUCAGAGCCAAGGAGACGAGGAGGGAGGGAAAGAGGGAAGAAGGAGAGAGGAGGGCAAACAAGGCUAUCGCAGCACCCAACAACUUCCCCAACCCCCUGCCUGGCUGCAGGCCUACUCGUAGACAACCAGAUGUCUGAUGUUACACUUUGUAUUUCUUAACUUCUGUAGACAAUCCAGAGUCCGCCUGGUGACUGAGUAUUAAACCUGUAACAUUUCUAUAUUUCUGAUGUGAAAUAACAAAAUCGCAUUUACAAAUACUUUAAACAAUUUUUUGUUCAGCACUCUGUCCAACAUAUAGAGGAUCCUAUUUAAAUCCUCCCCAUACAUUUACUCUCACAGACAAAAGUAAUCAGAUUUAUUUAUAUUUAACUAAACUAAGGCAACUAUAAAAGCUCACAGCCAUGCUGACUGUGACAAAUCCUAUUGUUGCUUUUCCCUAUUUAAAGAUGACUACAUGUAAGUGUAGAAUCAAACAUGCUGGAUCAAUACUGGAUAGAAGAAAAUUCUGGCUUCUGAUUGGUCGAUCUUUGAUGUCUGACUAGCCUUGACUAAAUGUGUGUUAGCAGACUUUGUGGAUGCUGGACAGAGUCCAGGUGGAGAGCAAAAGCAGGCUGAAAACAAAUCAGUGUAACAACAUCGAAGCACCUUUUGGGGAAAAUGUGAUGAUUUAUGUAUUUCCAUAAAUAGAUAUCUGCUUACAAGUUUGGCCAACACCAUAUCCAAAAUUAAAAAUACUCAAACUUGUGCUACAAAUUGCUUCAAAAUUGUGUUGAGUCAGCGAAUCAGCAUUUAGAUUUGCAGACGUCCCACGAUGAGUCAGAAAUUGUUGAUCUGGCCUUCAUUUUCAAGGUUAUUAAGGCUGAACAAUAAAUCAUUUCAGCAUUGCAAUUUAGAUGUGCAACGUCAGUCAUAUGACCUAACAGACAUCACACUAUCAUCAGGAUUAAUCUGAAAUCACUUUGAUUCAGCCCCCCAUUCAGACACACAGAGAACUGACCGCUGCUCAGAAAGUUUCUGUAUCAGGAUCACAUGACUGUCAAACAUAAACGUGCAUUAGAGGCACAUACCUUUCCUGUCACACAUACUUAGCACAGUCUUUUCAGCAUCUUUGCCUGCAGUAAACACACCUUGCAGUGAUAUAAAAAAUCAUAUGCUGAAGAAUUUUGUAAUGUAAUCAUACUAUCACAGGCUUGUGAUGCAGAUGUAAUUUUUUAAUGGACAGAUAUGAUUGACUGUGAGUGAACAGUGUUUUUGAGUAAGGUUUAUGUAGUAGUAGUAGUAGUGGUACUCCACUAUGCAGUUUUUAGAGGGCUGGACAGCCCAAAUAAUGGUGAUUAGGAUUUUUGCCACUAUUAAGCAGCCAUACCUACUAGUCUGAAUUAACAAACCAACACUUGCCCCUUCAGACGUAAAACUCACUCCCAGGUUUAACAGGACUUAAACUGACCACAUGCACGAGCCUUAACUAAGAGUAGAAGUUAAGUAAGAGAAUUCAUGCUUCACUAUUACAAUAACUUAUGAACCUAAACAUUUUUGAGGUUACACAAUAUUGGGAAAGAUAAACAGAGAGAGAAAGAUGACAGUAUUUUGUUUGACAGGUGUUUGUGUAGGAAAUGUCAGCCCUUUGUUUCAGCCAUCUACUACAGCAUGUGGAGCUCAGCCAGUCUUAAGUAAAAUCAGUAAAAACUAAUAUGUAUGCACAUGUGGGUGAGGAGCAGGAGGGGGUAUGUGUGUUUCUGUGUGUUAGUAGAGUGGAGAGUCCAUUUCAUGAUAUAAUCCAAGGUAAAAGGUCUGUGCACACUGAGUCUGUGCAAAAUUGGAGCACAAGUGAAGAAACAUACGAUCUUAUAUUAAGUGGAUCAUGUUUGCACUUUGAUUCCCAAACUUUGGUCUCUUCCCCAGUGUACUGUGAUAGGGUUCUGAGAAAGAAAAUAUGGACAAGAUUACAGACCUGAAAAAUACAUCCAAAAUAAAACAGACCAGACUUGUUUAACAUUAGAUCAGUACUGCAUUUUAUGGUGCCACGGAGGUGGGAGAGGUGUUGCAAAGAGAGAGAGAGAGAGAGAGAGAGAGAGAGAGAGAGAGAGAGAGAGAGAGAUGACAGUAUUUAGUUUGACAGGUGUUGGUGUUGAAAAUGUCAGCCCUUUGUUUCAGCCACCUACUACAGCAUGUGGAGCUCAGCCAGAGUCUUUUAUGUGACCAAUAUGAUGCAGUGUGUAAAAAGAAAACAGUGGUUUUAGCUGCUUAAAUAAAAACAGACUCUUUUUUUCUGGCAAAUUUAAGGGGAAAAAAAGUCUUAAAUUAUGAAUCUGAGGACAAAUUUUUUCACAAGUCAAUUUGAGGAAGGGUUUAAACCUAAUGUACCUCAAUAUUUACUUUUUAGGUUCCUCUGUUAGAAGUAGUGGACCAAAGCUGGCAGACUAUCAGAGAUUUAGGAAUGAUAUGAUGUGAUUUUUGUAAGUAAGUAAAUUUUAUUUAUAUAGCACUUUUCAUUGAUAAAAUCACAAAGUGCUUUACAACAAAGUGCUUGUCAAGACCAAGAACCAACAAACUGGUGUUGUCCUGUUUUCUUUUCAGUCAGACCAGUCUGUAAAUUUAAAUUGGAGUUUAAGCUCAAAUGUCCUCUUGUACAAUUAAGGGUCAAACUACAGCUCUAUAAAAAGCAUCAUUCAGUGAGUAACAAAUGUGCUAAAACUGCAUUUCACACUGUUCUAUGUGUCUUCCUCUCAGUGUCAUGGACUCUGUUGUGUGUCCUGACUCAGUGCACCUCGAGCUGCUGGUCCAUUAGGGACUGUCUCUUUCAUAACGUCCCCCCGAGCUUCUUCCUCUGACACUUACAGAUAGUCUAUUAUCCUCCUCUCCACACCACCCCCUCUCUGUUUUCCAUUUUUUGACAAUCCAGGCAUAUUGAUCGCCAUGGUUACCUCCAACAAUGUGACUGCUGGGUCGUCUGUUGUGGCUCUGUAAUUGCAUGGAGCCCGGUCUGUAUACAGCAGCCUGCACGUCUCAUUCGCUGCUCAGUGUUUCUUCUGCUUCUUCUUCUUCUCCUAACUGUCCUGGGCCGAGACAUUGUUUGAUGAGUGUGAUGUGUGAAGGAGACACGUUGUGAGAAAAACUCCUGAAUAAUGCAGUGUGACAGAGAAGCAGUUAGGUAAUGUUUAGCAAACAUCUAAACAGAUGAUCAAAUAUUAAAGCAGCAUAUCUCCUCAGGCAGCAUGAUAAAGGGAGAAGCUGCUUACUGUGGCCACAUCCUCACCCCACAUGGAUCAAUACUGCCGAAUGAGAGACUCUGGGAAUACUCAAGAGCAAACAAGGAAACACUACUCAGCUGUCAAAGCACACAUCCCCCAGCAUGCACUUGCCCUGUGCGUCUUUUGUGUGGGUACUGCUGUCUGUUUUUUCACUUAACCUCCUGUACGUCACUGUGUGUGUCUCCCUCUGUGUGUGUCUGUCUUGAUCAAUGUGAGGCAGUUCAAAAGCAUACUGUUUUUCUGCUGGUCAUCUGAUCUUUUCAGCUCCUCCUCACAGAGAGAAAAACAAAAACAGAUUUAAAAACAUGUUGCAGUGCAUUAGCUCAGCUCUUUCCCAACUUUAAUAAACAUCAACACAUCAUCUUUCUCCCAGAAUCCCUUCUUUAGCUUCCUGCUAAUACCAGAAAUGGUUUUAAGGUUUUACAGAUGUGGUCUGUAGAGGCCCAGCAGGAUUGUUGACACCUGUUGAGCCUGUCAGCUGCCAGAUAUUCUUUGACUGGUCCUUUCUGGUCUUUCCAAAGUAAGAGUCAAGACACUUGUCUUGUACAUUUUUGCAGCAAUGCUUUCCGCUGUUUUUUUUUAAAAUAUGUUAUAUAUUUUUAUAGUUUAAACUUUUUGCUUUUUGCUCCGUGUGUGAAUGGAACAGCUGAAGCUCACAUUUUCUGCAGGAUUAAUAACUGUAUUUAUCAAUCCAUCAAUCCUGCCCGUUUAGAUCAUAGACUGUAAUAACUGGACGUCGCGUCAGCAACCUAACCCAUUUAUUUGUAAAGCAGAGUGUUUCAAACCUGUCAGUGGUGGUUGCCAUAUUGGUAAAACUGACUGACUAAUCUAACUUUACCUUCAGCCUCCUGUCAGUCAAAUCAGCCAUGCCUCUGAUUCAUUGAAUCCAAAAUGAACGUGUCACAAAAAACCUUUGUGACACGUUUUACAGGAGGUUGUCAUUUGGUUGGGAUAGGCAUCAAACAACGCAUUGGAUCAUUGGAUCCAGCAAACUGGUCUUGCACAGACCUUCCUUGCUGCUUUUUAACUGACAAUCAGCCCCGGUGUGAGCUCCAUCCAGCUGUCCUGUUGUAGUUGUCCACCCCAGUGUCUGAGUAAGGUUGUAUCAUGUCUAGUAUGAGCUUUAAAUUUUUAACCAUCUUGCACAAUCUUUCAAAAAGUUCUGCUGUUUUUGACGAAUUUGUCUUUGUUUUAUUUCUUUUUUUGGCUUGAGCUUUACUUGAGGCUGCACUGCCCCUACAGUUCCCAGCAGUACUGUAUAUGUAGCUUCUUGGAAACUUGUGGAAUCAAACAGGGAAUUAUACAGAAAAUUCAGCAUAAGAGUGGAGACAAGAUGAGUACCAGAAGAGACAUGACACUGGCUCAUGAGAAGGAUGUGAUAUUGAACACUAUAUGACUGGAAAAAUAUCUUCACUCAGACAAAAGUCCCAAAAUGUAAAACAUUACAGUUAUACUCUGAAAUGUUCCAGCCAUGCAGUUACCAAUUCCCCCCCAUCAAUCCAGGGGUAGGUUGCAGCAGCAGCAUGCUAAGCUUAUUUAGCCCAGAAAUUCCUGUUCAGAGCUGUUAAUGAAGAUUCUACUGGGGAUCUAAAGGCUUGCUGAGUUAAAUGCUUCAUUCAAUAGGUCUCCUCCUGGGUUAGUUGAACGUGCCUGAAGACCCAAAUGAGGUGGUCUUUCUAAUACUAGUUAUCUUGAUAUUUCAUUAAAAACUGCAGAUGUUCUGCUGUGACAUCCCAGUACUUAAGCGCUCUCAAAUACCAGUUGUGAGGAUUAAUGUAACACCACCAGUGAAACCUGUGCCAAAUUGUAUUGAAGUUCAAGUUACCAUAAUUUGGAUAUUACACUGAGUAUUAAAGAAAACACAACUGAAGCACCUCUAUUUUUUAUACAUAUUGUUCUUAGUUGUUAUGCACACAGUAAAAAUAUGACUACAUGAAGAUUAUUGCAUGAUACUUUCUUUUAUUUUUUUUAAACUGUAACUGUGAAUCUUGUGAUCAGCUGUCUCAUUGCUAGUUAAAGAGGAGAAGAGUCUCCCUACAGAAGACAAGCCUCUUCCUGAGCUUUGUUAGCUAAAGAACAAUGUCCAAGCCUGACUGUGAUUGGAUAAUUGAUUGCCGUCUACAACUUGACUGAUAUCUCAAGCACAGGUUACUAACCCUCCUAUCUAUUGUGUAGCUCAGAGAGUUGCUGACAUUAUAGCAGCUUUGAGUAUCCAUGUGCUUUGCCGUUUCUGCCAUAAUGGAGCCCAGUGUUUGCUGAAGAGGGACCAGAAUGAAGUUCCAUGGGAAGUACUGCUAUACAUUACCCCCUUUAUAACACACUUUGUAGACCAUCUCUCUAUUAUCUCUGCUGUUAGGUUCUGUUUUGUCUACUUUAGCCUUUCUAAUUCUGCUACCUCCUACGCAAAAAGCUUUGCAAUCCACUUCUGCCCCAGCUCCUCUUUUUUUAUGCUGAUCCUGGUUUUAUUAGUGUCAUAUGUAUUGCCAUUGAUGCCUGCCCUACUUUGUACCCCAUUGGUCUUUGCUGCUGCUCCCAACCUUUGUAAACCACUCUGCAACCUACCUCCACCUAAGCUCCUUCUUUUUAAACUGAGUCUAGUUUUACCCAUGACAUUAGCUUUGUCACUAGUACCUGUUAUGCUCUGUACCCUAGGGCCUUUGCUUUUAAUGUAUGCAUAUGAAACAGAGUAGAGGCUUACGGUAGGACAGGGAGCUCUCAGAACAGAGAUGACCAAAUGAAUCUUACUGCAUGCAAACAUCAUUUACCUUCAUGCUCAGUGGUUCCCUCAUCAAUGCCCUUACACUUAGUUCUGCAUGCCUUGCAAAAACAAUCAUGUGACAAGUCGUUAGAUGUAGUCAGCAGGAACGACAAUUAAGGAAGUAAUCAUAGUGGACAGAAGACAGGAGCGGUCCAAAACUGAUGACUUCAGCUCUAAAAAUAGAAGAGUAUAAUGUAUUGACUUAAUGACGAUUUCACCUGCUUCAUCUGAUCUAAGGCAACCAUGUCAGGUUGGUUUAAGGAAGAGACUGAAUUAGACACCCCACCGAGAUCCAGACUGAGGCCUCAUACUGUAUAUGUAGGAUGUCAGGGCCUGUUGCAGGGCCUCUUGGAGUUGUAUUUCGACAUCUCUUUAGUAUGGCUAGAGUCUGAGACAUCUUUGCUUAGGGCAAAUGCUGCUGUAUCGAAGUACAGCCAUACAGAGCAAGAAGUGGCUGUGGACCUUCAACCUUGUUAUUAACCAACAUACUAUGUCUAACAAAGGUAGUUAUUUAAAAGGAUGAAAUCCUUUCAGACUGGGCAACAGGGAUAUUGAGUUCUCUAGCAUAAAUGGUUGCUCUCUGCACUAUAUCACAUCAUAGAGGUAUAGAGCUCAGCGGCCAAUAGUAAAUAACUGCACAGUAAAGAAAAGAGCAGUGUGAGCCUGAGGGGUCGAGCUCUGCAGCCGCUGGGUCGGCUCCCUGCCUCGUAUCUCAGCCUCUAUUCAUGGCUGAAAUGCGAGUAAUGAAGCGCUGUGAGCGUCCACUGCAGCAAAAUGUUUGCUCUCACGUGGAGUUAUUACUCUUCCUCUGUAGGACAGCAGAGGAAGGAAUGGACGCUGACUCAGCACACGCUGUCCGUUCAGUUUUAUAUGUGCACCUUUUAGGAGCACCUUUGCCAAGUUACAAAGUGCCAGUGAUUGAACCGUGCCAUAAUGUGAGUCUGAGUGAGAAAUUAUUCAUGCUUAGGCCCAGGCUGAGUGAGCAGGUAGAGCAGGACAGCCUCAUACCUUAUGACCUUCCUUCUGCUGCAUUUAACUGAUAUUACCACAGUGUGUGUGGAGAAUAAUCUCAUCAACUCUGGUUUCAUUGGACCACAGAGCAGUGUUUUUACAAAAAGAUCACAUGACUUCUGCUGAGCUACACAUAUAACCAUUCCUCAAGUCAAAUUACAAAUUAAUACAAGCCACUAUAGCAAACUGGGCUGCUAAGUACUGUGUCUUUUGAUUCAUGUUUUUAUUUUGCCUUUAUUUGGCAGGACAGCCUGAAAAAGACUUAAAACACAGGCGUUAAAUGAGGGGUAACGUGCACCAGGCACUCAAGGGUAUGGUAGUUAUUCCAAAGCAGUGCAACAAGGGCCUGUUUGAGGGACUGCAACAACUUGUGCUUCCCUGUUGGUCUUAUUUCUCAACACCAGUGGUUUUUAGUUCAAAGUUGCACAACCACUAACCCUUCAGAAACCAAGCAUAUUCAACAAAAACAGAACAAAAAGUGCCACUGGCCUCGUGUGAUUGCAUCUUCACACAAGCCUCCGGGGUUUGAUUCCACAAUAAGGGCAAACACCCCAAAAUUGAAUUCUAUGAAGAUAAAACAAGAGUGCAGGAUUCUACCUGCAGAUACAGGUAUAAUUCAGGUGAAACAUUAAAGAAACAUUUUUACACAAGCCUAUGAAUAAUGCUUUGGUGUAUUGAGUAAACAUCAGCAAGAUUGCAUCUCCAUUGACAUCUACCCCAUUGGCAUAAAAUGUGCCAUGCAGUAAUGUCAGUAACUGAUCUUUGAGUCAUUUAACAUCAGAUUUUUUAUCUUUACCACAUCAUUGUAGUGCUUGCAGGUAGCAUCUCUGACCUCUGAGUUAGAGCAGAAGGUUUUUGGGCAGAAAUAGUCACCUGUUGACAAGCAAACUAGUUUUUUAUGGGCAAAUGUAAAAGAACAUGUUUGGUAUCAUGCUGUCUCAGAGAGAAGUCAGCUAGUUUGUUUCUGUGAACUUAAUUAUUAGCCCUGAAUUUCACAAUCACUGCAUCUGUAUUACAUUAUUCUUUUCUAGCAAACUCAUGCUUGUUAUGGCUUUACUGUUUUAUUUUUGGUGCUGUGCUUAAUACAGUUGUUUUAAUGUCAUAACAUUUGUAUUUUUCCACAGAGCGGAGCAGGAAAUAUGCAGCAUAUAAUAGUUGUUUUGCUCUUCUUUUCAGUAUGUUUUCAGCAUCCUUAGUUGAUCAGUAAGCUGUAAUGGACUGCGCAUAUAACAUUGCUGAUAUGUGGCAUGCUUCAAUAAUCCAAUAGUGCACAGUCAUUGCUAAUAUAGCUCUAGGAAAUAUUAAAAUUGUUUAAUAAAUGCUCAUUGAAAAUGGCCAGCUUAAAUAAAAUUGGCUCUAGUUGAAAAUUUGACUAAAUAUAAGCAGCAUAUUAAUACUGGUGUUUCUGGCUGUUUAAGUUCCUGCAUGCAGCAUCAUUCUGUACUCAAGUAUAUGUAUAUACGUGUUCAUGUGUCAAAAUUGGGUAUCAUUCAGAUCCGUUUUUGCAUGAAUAACCAUCUAAUAAACCUUCCUAUUAAUUUUGGAUAGUGAAACUUGUAAUGGUGAAAGUGUUAAGCUCUAGCUGCAGACCUUUAUAAUUUAUCAAACAAUGUCACAGUGAGGAGGCGACAUCAAAUCCUCCUCGACAGGCUCUCAGCUGAAGUCAAGUGUCUCUACCUGCCAUUUCCAAAUGUCUGGGUCAGACAAGCUGCCAGUUUUACACAGAUCUCUGUCCUCUCUUAAGCUCUGAGCCUGCAAGUGUCUGUGCAUGAAUUAAACAUUUCUCCUACAGCUGGUUUUAGCUGUCAAGGUUCAAGUGGCACAACAUUACUUUGGCCAAAGUAUGAGAGAAUAAGUGUAUUAGAAUAAACUGAACUUUUCUUUAAUUUGCUCCCUGUUCAGCUGGGCUGUAUCAUUGUGCUCCACCCUAACCCUCAUCUCCAGCAGGUCUUGUGACUUUGUCUCUGUCAGAUCUUUCAGAUACCGCAAGUAUCAUAUACUGUCGAAAAGGAGCUACAACAGCAGGCUGUUUUAUUUUUUUCAAACAGGGACAGGAGAAAUCCAUUAGGGUUCUUUUUUUGGUACACAGUAUCUUCAGGACAGAGCAGGUUCAGCUGAAACAGGCUCACGGUGUUUGCCUGAGAAAAGUGUUGUAUCUAAUUCCUACAAAACCACCCAAAAGUACUCUCCACACUUUGAAACGUUUUACACUUCAUUUGAGUCAAAUUUUCUGAGCUGGCAGCUUUUUUGUGUGCUCAAAACUGUGCAAUCAGAUUUUUCAACCACCUCUAGGUUUUACAGAUUGGCAGUACACAUGUGGAAGGCCCUCACUACAUCUGGCCUAUAUCAAAACUGCCUGCAAAAUUAGACUGAUGUGAUGGUGUCUCUUUUUUGUUGUUUGGAGUGGAUUCGUACAUGGUAAUUGUAAGUGUACAAAGUAUCCCAGUCAGCUCAGCCAUCUUUCCCGAAGGAAAACUGGCACAGAAGCAAGACUCACAGGCGCAGUCACACCAUCAGGGAUAAAAAUGUUAAGCUCAUCUUAUCAGACAGAAUAUACUGCUAGGUGUGUCUCUAAUAUUUUGAGUUUAGCUGAUAACUCUUUGAAAUAAAAUCUGAAAGAGAAGGAGAGAGAGCUCAUAGGGAUGAGUGGGAGGUUUAGGGUCAGUAAACAAUGAGCCUAGUUUUCCCUCUUUCUUGGCAUCGCCUCCUUUCAAACUGAGGAGGAACGCAAGCUCUCCAUCAUGCACGCUUGCAAUAUUGCUCUGAACUUAAAACACACUCUGUGCUAAAUAACCACAUUUAAAAAACUCUCAGCAUAACUCUUAACACCAGUGAUCAUUGUGCUCACAGAUAUUCAAACAAAUUUUCAAGUGUCCAUUUUUCAUGCAGUACAAUACAGCCCUAUACCUCAGAAACAAGGUCAUGAAUAUUAACAGCUGACCUUUAUUUAACUCUAAGCACAAGGAAAUCAGUUCCCUUUUGAUCCAGCCCUGUCUGAUUAUGUCAAUAUGUUUUUGACAUUUGAUUAUUAAUUAAGUUAAACUGUGUCACCAAGCCUGUAACGUAAUUGACACUAGGGGGAUGGACCAACUAUACAGUAUUUAUUGGCUGACUAUGAGGGCCAGUAUUCAGAUGCAUUUUACCAUUUAUCUGUAUCAGCCUUUUAUUUUACAUUUGGUCACUAAAAUGAAUAAAUAAAAAUGUCAGUUCAUUUGGCUCCACUGCCAGGACGUCUUUCCCUAAAGGUCAUGAUCUGUCUCACCUUGAGUCCGUAACACUUUGGCUAGACUUGAAGCCACUGUGUGCUGCAAUUAUUCAGUGAGUGUAACUUCUCUAUAUGAUUUUGAAAGUUUCAUUGUUGACUAAAUAUUUGCUAAAGGCUGUCAACCAAAGAUUAGAAUAUUCAAAAUUUUGAACUUUAACAUAAAGUCCUUCAGGUUUCUUAAAUUUUUUUGACUGCAAAAAAAAAGCAGGUUUGUAAGUCAUUGGUUUUGUUAACUACUAGUAAUCUAGUAUUGGCAUUGAAAAACCAGUAUCAGUCAACCCAUUUUAACAGCAUGAUAUGGGUAGUUACUUGACAUUAUUUUAAAAGAAUAAAGCCUGCCUUUUAAGCAAAAACAUUUUUAGAUUUGGGAGUCAAGAAAAUAGUCAAAUAAUAUUUAAAGAUAUGCACCACAUGAAAAGUUUCUCCUGAAAUAACUUUUUUUUAUUUGGGUGACUUGAACAAAAGUUUUGUCAUGCAGCAGCGUGAAAGAUCCAAACAUAUUUUCUUAUCUCUGAUUUAUAUCUUAUAUUUGAUUAUCUAUUUUCUCUUGGUUGUGUGUCGACGUUGACUGAUGAGGGUUUUUCCAGAGGCUGGUGCUGAUACGGAUAAGAGGGUGCUUUGUGAGUGUGUGCCAUCCAUGUCUGUUAAAAGAAGUGACCUUAGAUGCUUCAAACACACUGACAUCAGUGUUAAACGUUUCUCCUGAUGUCUGUCCAGCAGCUUUUGUUAAAGGAUGAUGAUUUUUCUGUUGUUUCUCUCAGCUUAACAAACCUGAGCGCUAAUUCUCCGUCAUCAUGCUCUGAGCUGAUGCCGUCUGCUGAGUCGCUUUGAUGGACACUUUUCAGGCUCUCCCCUCAUUCUAAAGCUGACAGAGAAGUUCAAAGCUGUGGUUUGAUGUGGGACUCAAUAUUUCACAGUGUGUGAGUGUGUGUGUGUGUCUCCCUGCAUCACAUACAUUAUGGAUUAGUCGCGUUGUCCUGUGUCUGUCUGUGAUUUGAUUGCAGUGGACAGCAGAGCAGGAAAUGGGAGUUUGUUCAUUGGUUUGCUGUUGGCUUGGCUCAGUAACCCCAGAUCUGUUCUGUCACCUGAUUUUAACCUCGCUGGCAUCAGUGACUGUGCUGAAACCAACCAAAAACAUCAGGCAGACAGAGAAGGACAAACUGACAGACAGAAAAACAGACGGACAGACAGAGAUGGCUGUUUGUUUAGAGUGGAAAAGUGCAAUUUUAGGAAGGACUGGAUUCAUGGAAACAACACAGCAUUUUAUCACCCAAAGUGUCAGUCAGUACUUUCUAUCCAGGGGCGGAUCUAGAAAAAUAUUCAUGGGGUAGCAAGAGGGGGGCAGGAAUUUUUGAGGGGUGGCAACAUAUGGCAGACAUAUACUGAGUUUGUUCACUACAAAAAGGCAUUGCUGCCAUUUACAAACAUGACAGACAUUCUUCGUCCCAUACAAUCUUUCUUUUAUUAGGAUUCUCACACCAGUAAGAUCAAUAAAAAGGCAUGGAAAAACAAAAACAACAACCCAUCGCAGCUUCAUGGAUUUAGACCAGUCAGACUGUGUCAACACACUAACAUUUAUUUAAUUCUGGAAGUUAACCUCAGCAGUGGAUCUAAAAUACAUUGUUUACAAACUACUAAAGCGCUGUCCCCACGCCAUCACACUUUUUACAAUUGAGUUUCCCUAAUAUUUUUACAGAUUUAAGCAAACACACAUUUUUAUAUUUAUUUGAAGAAGUCUAAGCAAUGUCUCUGUCUACUUUUCUUACCAUCUUGACCAGGUUGACUGGAGAUGAUAGCUGAUCACUCAUGCUCUCUCCUCUCCCUCUCACUUUCUGGGUCCUACACGUUGACUUGUCUCUCUUCUGCCUCCUCAUCUCUGAGAUGUUCUCCCUGCUCCACAUAUUCUUCUCCUGCCACCUCCUCAUGUCCCUGGUCACCUUGCCUUGCUCUUCUACUACUGUGACAAUUGUCAUGCCUUUCUCUCCCUUCUUCCUCUUUGUCUUCAUCUUCCCUCUGUCCUUCCACCUCUUCUCUCUCUCCGUCCACCUGGUCUCUCUCUUCAUCCUUCUUACCUUGUCCGUCUACCUCGUUUUCUAUUUUUCCCACCUAUUUCUUUGUCUUUGGUGAAAAAAAACUAAUUAUGCUGCCUUUCCUCUUCAUUUCUGCAAGAUUUGAAGUUAUUUUACUUAUAUUACCCUGCCAGAUAUGGAAUCAAUAUUAGCUUUCAUAGCCUACACAGGAUCUAGCUGCUAUUGCACAUGCAGCCUAGCUUAGAAUUAGUGAAAUUACGAUCUUCAACACGAGCUCAAAAUCAGCAUUGCUGCAGCACUGUGCUUUCAUUACAAAUUCAUUUAUUGAUAGUAAAUCAGUCUUCACCUUAUUCCUCUCGUGUCUCCUUUUUUUUUUUCAAAAGACUCCCGGCUCCUUGGCUUUUACCAAUUAAAAAAGUCACUCGUCUCGCCAGCACACCACCACAACACCUGCUGUGUCGCCACCCCGGCUUUGAUGCAAUUUCGUGCUGCAUUCAAUGCAGUUGGAAAAUGGAGAUUCACACUUGUAAAUGUCAAAUUGGCCAUUUAAUUUGUUGCUGCCAACUGGGGUGGCAACAGGGGUGGCAAGCAUGUCUUUUAGGGUGGCAUUUGCCACCUCAUGCCACCCCGGUAGCUCCGCCCCUGUUUCUAUCCAUUUUUAAAUUUGUGAUUUUGGACCUCAUAGGUUUUAAUAGGCUUAAUAGAGCAAUGGUCAGCCCCCUUCCCUCUGUCACGGAGUGACCCUCUGGUGGUUUAAAUAGUCGAUUAGUUAAUUGGUUGGUGAAACUACCACUAGCCUACUAAUCUGGGUGUCAUAACACUGAGGUGCUUACCAAACUUUGAAGUGUUUCAAACACUCACCCUGUCGUUGAGUCACACUGUCAUUAUUUCCCACCCCACUUCAUUUCUUAUCUGACUGUAUAGCUCACCAUUUAAACUCCAGCAGUGAUACAUAUGAUAGCUUCACUGUUGUGAAAGCAAAUUGCUAACUACUCUUGAGACUUUUUUGGAUAUAAUACUUUUGGUUAUCUGUGAUUAUAGGACAGGUUUCUCUCUUCUAACCAUCUCCAGACCGCUUAUCUUUCUGUCAUUUAGUGUGUUAGCAGGCUAAUCAACACAGCUGACUGCAAAUAUUCAAUGCCAUUUUAAAGCUACUAUAAAUAUACUAAAACCUCAAAGCAGCCAACAGACUUGGACUUUUGACAUGUCAACAACAGAGAUUUCUAAAUUUAUGACCACUGUAGCAAGCUUCAAAGGCAGUUCAACAACUGUUUUAAAUGUUCAGUUUUGUGCCAAAAGUUUAAAAAAAAUUGGCAAAAAACAUAAGCUCUCUUGAUAUUAAGAGUUGUAUGGAGUGCAGUCAACUUUAAGAGGAUGGUCUCCCUCCAGUGGACGAUCAUAAAUCAAUAACAUGUCAACAGCAAGCCAUCAUCUCCAGGGGCCUAUUCUACGAAGCAGGAUUACUGCUUAGCGAGGUAACUUCGAGGGUAAGUUCGGGGUUUCCUGUUCUACGACGCUGGUUCACUUCUUAGCGAGGCGAGUCUCCAUGGCAACAUACGCUGAACGGCUAACCUGCUCCGGGGCAGGUUAGGUUCCAGAUUGAACUCACCGAGUAUACUGACCAAUGAGCUCUCUCGAAAAAUGGCUUGUCCGUUCUUGGAGGAUCCUGUAGACCUCGGUGCUCGCAUUGUCCGAGGAGUAGGCCUGCACGAUAUAUCGUUUGAACAUCGUCAUCGCGAUGUACGUGUGUGCGAUAGUCACAUCGCAGAGCCUGCGAUAUCGGAGGUGAAUGAACUCAGUUAAUUUCAAGGGUAGCUGACUGAGAUACACUGCAUGUGACUCUACAUGUGCUGUGCAGCAAUCCACCAAUCACCUUCGUUCUUUACUCAGUUGCCAAUCAGACUCAGUUCUCAGUUGCCAAUCAGACUACUCUGCCAGCUGUCAAUCAAAAUCAGAGUGGAGGAAACCCACCCCUGCACAUGGAGGGAGUCGCUGGCCGGAGUUGUGCCGAGAAACGCUUGUCCGCUGAGAAUUACUUCCGGAACAUUCUUCAUCACUGUUUAGCCUAACAAAUAAGAACUGUAUGGGCUUUAAAUUGUACAUUUCCGUGGACCACUCUACUAUAAGCAGUGCGCGUUUUGUGAGGUGCAUGCAAUUCUCGGAGGACAUGCGUUUCUCAGCACAACCCCGUUAACAACAACAACAACGAUCGCAAAAUGAACAACGAACAAGCGAAAACCACCGAAAAUGAAGAUUUGUUGCCAAAAAGAAAAGGAAAGUCAGUUAUCUGGAAUUAUUUCGGUUACAAGAUGGAUGAUGUCGACCAAAACACGUCUUCUGUGUUCAUCUGUUUCCACAAUAACGUCCCAGAACAAUAAAAGCUAAAAAUAUCUCUGAGACAGACAGAAGCCGUUCUACUAACAUUCACAAAAAGAGGUAAGAUCAGAGCAGUUUAACUGUCCUCAAGAUUUCAGCAGUGCAGCACAACAUAAAGUGCUAUUCAGGUCAUCUGGUGAAAAUUCCUGUAUUUUUUAAUAUCGCAAUAUAUAUCGCAGGGUUGAAAAAAAUCGCAAUGUUAGUUAAAACACGUGCAUGUUAAAAGCACGUGUUGAACAGUGCUAUUUCAGGGUGAUAAUGGCAUCAAAGAUUUUUUGAGCACUAUACUUCCGCAUUGAGACUGUCUGCAAUUUUCUGCCAGCAUUCCUUUCAUGCUUUUGCAGUGGCAACAGUGUUGCUUUUGAGGUUUAUGAUAGAUUUAAAUUCCUUAUACUUUCUCAUGAUCGUCUCCUGCUCCUCGUUUGUAAAGUACGCGGUCCUUCGCUCUCCGGCCUGCUCUGAUGCUCCAGACUGAUCCAUGUUCGCGAUUGGUCAGAUGCGGUGGGCUCUGCCUUACAUGCAUGCAUGCGCUCAUAGCAAAGCUGGAUCCACAUACAAGGUUGAUAACUCAGCGUAGUAAGACUGUUUAGCGAGACCGCUGACUACCGCGCUAAGUUAAGCGAGGUAGCUCCAGGGCUACCUCACUAGGUUGAACUUGCUUCGUAGAAUAGGCCCCAGGUCUACUUUAAUGUCUUUACAGGGUUGGUGUUGCAAUGCUAAAUCAACUUUAAGUACACCAUAAAUCAACGUUGUUUCAACAUUACUGCCAUAGCAUAAUUAUCAAAUGUGGUGUCAUUUUUUCAUUAAAACAGCUUUGAGAGUUCAACCUCAAUUACAUCAAUUCUGAUGACGCAUCAUUGCUGUUUAAUGUCAGCUUAUUUUAUUAUAUUUAGAUUAAAUAAGAUUAGAUUAGAUAUAACUUUAUUUAUCCUUUUGGGAGUUCCCUCAAGAAAAUUAGAAAGGCCAAACAUCAAUUAAAAUUAAAGAGCUGAAAUUUACAUCACUCUGAAACACGUGUAAUUUUAGUCUGAUCAGACUCACUUUACACUCAUUUAUCCUGUUUAGUGUUUUUCCAAGGAGUAAAACUCACAGAUUGGUCUUAUUCUGCAAGAGUCACAGCCCAAAGCUGCCUCAGACCUCUUUGUAUCAGGGCUGCACGAUUUUGGCCAAAAAGAAAAUCACAAUCUUUUCUCUGAAAUUCGAUUUUCAAUUUCAACUUCGAUUUUUUAUUCAGUUACAACUUCACCAAACUUCACUUUAAAAAUAAAAAGCUUUUCUAUCAUCUCUUAAAACUAAACCACUGAAAAUGAUGUUAUUGCAAAUGCCAAGCCAGUAAGUGGCGCUGUAGCGCUGCCGAGGAAAUGCACAAAAGACAGAAGAAGAGUUCAGAGCAUUUGUAAAACAGUUGUUUUGGCUGGUCACAUACAGGCGCCAUAAAAGAGUUACGCUGUGUGUCACAUAAUCAUUUAGAGAGCGAUGCAGAUGGUCAUUCACACAGAGAUGAGACGAAAUGGUAGUCAUUUACAGAUUUAUGCACUCUCGUACCCGUUUUCAUAAAAAGCAGCAUUUAUGGUCAACUGAAACGCCAUUUCCAUGUGGAUGAAAUGCUGAUACGACAAAAAAUUUUGUGCCUACUCCUGAAACGCAAAAGAAGACUUUGCAGCGGGGAGUGGUUAGUUCUCCCUCUGAAACUGGGAGGCCGUAUCAAUUCCACACGACUGACUUGCUCUUGCCCUAUUUGGCCACAAAAUUAUCUCCUUCUUUUACAAACACCAUGGUUGUUCACACUGGUGAGCAUGGGAAUUUUUUUAACAUCGUCAUAAUCAAACAAUUACAAUUUAAAACCGAUUAACUGCGCAGCCCUACUUUGUAUCCCUGCAGGAUGUCCAUCUCAACACUGUUUAAUCACAAAACAAAUCAAAUUUAUAUGCUGAAAAAAAAAAAAAAGUACUGAACACAGACGGUACAGAGAUCAGUAAACCAUAUAAACACAAAACAUUUAAAAUCAUUUAAACAAGUCAUGAAUAAAAGAGCAAAAACAGAGGGUCAACGUAUGACAGUUUUUUGAAGUAGAAGCAGAAGGUGUUUGGUUCUGACUCUGAAGACAAAAAGCAGACUGGCACUAGAUGACCUGAGCGGUCUGGAAGGUUCAUUCGCAACAGAAUAUCACUGACACUUUUAACUUGUUGUAGCCUAAGCUGAACCAUUGUUUGUUUGUUUUUUUGUUGACUUGGAUUUGGGAUUUUUGCCUCCAGAAAUGUAUUGACAGCACUUUAAAAAUCAAGGCCGGUGUCCUGUCAGAUUUAUCAUUAACAGCACAGAUCAUUUUAGCUCUGACAGCAGCAUUGACCGGCACUCUUCAUGCAGCACUCCUCUGCUCUGUUAUUAGCAGUCAGGCUACUGGAGGUCACUCCCAUUGUUCCACUUACCACACACACACACACACACACACACACACACACACACACACACACACACACACACACACACACACACACACACACACACACACACACACACACACACACACACACAGUUCUGCACUUAGCCUCUGGACUGAAACAGAGCAGUGAGAGAGAAAAUCAAGCAGAGCUGCUGCAUCAGUGGUUCUGGGCUGCUCACAAUAAGAGCUCAUUUCCUGCCUGAUUAUUUAUGAUCCUCUGAGAUAAUUCAGUCUAAGAUCAAUGAUGCUGUGCAACCUAUGAGCUGCAUAUUACACUGACAGUCCAUAAGUCUGUCAGUGGGGGAUAUCUGAUCAAAUUUAAGCUCUCUUGGCCUGAACUCAGGACUAAUGUGGUACUCAGUACCUGCAGUGGAUUUGAGUCUUUGUGGUAGGAUGCUCCACACUGCUGGUUAUUUAAUAAUGUGACUUAGAAGCUGAGUUUUACAGACGCCACACAAUGCUACCCUCUGCUGAAUGACAUGGUGAAAUGCAUUUUAGUGGGCAUAGCUGUUAUGAACAGGUUCUUGUUUGUUUGCUGUAGCUCACAUAGUUUCACAGUGAUGACUGUAAAAUAAUAAUAAUUGAAAAAAACUGUGCUGUUUAUUGAAGGAAUACUACAAUAUUUAAGUGUUUUUAUCUCAAUAAUUUUGUUGAGGAAAAUGCUUUGACCUUGAAACAUCCUUGUUUUUUUCUGAUGGUGCUUUAAAUAAUCUGACUGUCUUCUUUUCUUCCUCUCUUUGUCCUGCAGGUAUUUUAUUUUCAACGUUAGUGUUCGGCCCGGCCUGUGGCUUCAUCUUAGGUUCUGUUUGUACCAAAGUCUAUGUUGAUGCUGUCUUCAUGGACACCAGUGAGUUGGCCAUUUUCUUUGUAUUUCUUAAAGAAAUAUCCUUUAUAUCCUUGUAUGUUGUAUAGCUUGUUUACACACUGUUACUCUGUUAAUCUACGUAACAUCAUGUAACAACCCCAUUUCUUAUAAUAUUAGGAUGCUUUGUAAAUGUUGAUAAAAACAGAUUUUGUUGGUUUGAAAAUCAGAAAUCUAUAUCUAAACAAAGAUACUAAGAAGACAACAUAGUAGUCCUUGAAAUGAAGACAUCUUGUUUUGUGAAAAAUUUAUGCUCAUUAAAGUUGUUGUCAGCUGAGGGCAAAAAACACUUCAUGAGUUGUUUGAUAUGAACAAAAAAACCUGGAAAAGCUGCUCUUGACUUAUGGGGUUCAACUGCAGUAGGUUAGUAACAUGGCUUGCUAUAAAAAAGGUGCUGCGUAGAGGCGGCGUCUCUCAGUGUUAAAGACUGGAAGAGGUUAACAACUUCGUGAGAGACUGCAUUAGCUAAUAGUUCAUUUAGAGAAUCUCAUAAUAAAUAGACAAUACUGGAUGGCCAUGAUCUGUGGACCAUCGCAUGGCAUUGGACAUGACUCUGCAGUGGAAAUCACAGCAUGGGCUAAAAAUCCCCUCCCAAAAAACAUCAUCUGUGAAGACAGUGCACUGCUAAAGCCUCAAAGGCAGGUUUAAACUUUGUGGGAAAGGAAACCACAUCUCAUUGUGAUCCAAAAAUGCCAGCAACUUCUCCAGGCCGAGCCCAUUUCAGUAGACUCAGGUAAACGGUUGUUUAGAUGUUCUUUUUGGGAAUCACUGAUAAUGAGACCCUGGCUCUGAAGAGAAGAGGGACCACCUGGCUUAUUACCAGUGCACCGUUGAAAAACCAUCAUCCCUGAUUGUCACAUUUGGGAUGGAGUCAUUAAUGUGAGACAGUAAAUACAGAUUUUUGAGGAACAUGUGCUGCCAUUCAGAUAAAACCUAUCUUAGGAGAAACCUUCCACAUUCAAGCCAAACUCUAUUUUGUUUAUAUAACAACAGCAUAGCCCUGUAGUAGACAAAACCUGAAACUGACCUGAAUGCAGUCCAGACUUGCCACCCAUCGAAAACAUUUGGAGCAUCAUUUACAGAUGGGAUGAACUUGCCUCUGUGACUUGCAUCAUAUCUAAAACAACAGUUGUUUUCAGUAAUAUUAUCUUUUUAGCUUCAAUAUCUGAUGCAUUUUUAUCAUUUUUAUCGAACAGGCUUAAAAUAUUAUUUAUAAUCAAUCAAAUUGUGUCUUCAUCAACAUUUUACUUUUUGUGAUUCAAAUAUUCAACAGAAACACUGAAAAAGAAACUUGUGGGCAGAUGGUCUUUUUUCUGGAGUCUGUCUCUGGAGUCUAAUCGAUCUCUCUGGUGUACCUCCUCCACCUUCUGUCCAGGUAAGCUGGACAUCACCCCGGAUGACCCUCGCUGGAUCGGGGCUUGGUGGGGCGGCUUCCUCCUCUGCGGUGCCUUACUCUUUCUGUCGGCCCUCUUCAUGUUCGGGUUCCCUCAGGCCCUGGAUGAGCAGGACAUGGAUCGAGGAGGGGAGAGUGAACAGGCCAUGCUACCUUCUUCCUUAUCUAUGGAGUACCAGGGCUCCAAACCCAAUGGGGCUAUUUAUGGCUUUGACCUAAACAGUGGACUCUCUGUUUGUGAGCACCUGAGAGGUAAGGAGGAACGUAUAUUAAGAGAUUUCACUGUUCUGUCUUUUCUCUCUGCCUGUUCUGACACCUAUCUCCACCUUUCUAUCUUCGUUUUCUCCUCCGAUGACUCAGUAAUCCCGCGGGUAACCAGGCACCUUCUCUCCAACCCGGUGUUCAGCUGCAUCACACUAGCAGCAUGCAUGGAGAUCGCUGUGGUUGCUGGCUUUGCUGCUUUUCUGGGAAAAUACCUGGAGCAGCAGUUUAACCUCACCACCUCCUCAGCUAAUCAGCUACUAGGUAGGCAGGUCAUGAACUCAUCUUGACAAGAAAACCCUUUUGGCUCCCAAAUGUUUUCAGUUAUUUUGCCAUGAAGCCACCGAGGGAAGACGUAAAUGAGGGUCAUGACAAUUCAAGAACGUCAGCUGAUAGAACAGACAAUAGAAGAAAUUGUGUUUUCCUCCUCAGGUAUGACAGCGAUCCCUUGUGCCUGUCUGGGGAUCUUCCUUGGGGGUCUGCUGGUGAAGAAGCUGAACCUGUCAGCUCUGGGCGCCGUCCGUAUGGCCAUGCUGGUAAACCUGGUGUCCACUGCCUGCUACGUCUCCUUCCUCUUUCUGGGCUGUGACACUGGGCCUGUGGCGGGGGUGACGGUUGCCUACAGCAACGAGUAAGUGAUAAGUGACCUGAUCUGAAUAAGCAGUGUUUACAAGAGUUUCCACAAACGUGUUUUGUGGUUCUCUCUCUUGUUUCUCUAUUUUUUUCACAAAUGUCAAAUGAACUUUGUUUGUUACUUCAGAGAAAGUCAUUGUACAUGUAUAACUCUAACUGAAACAUUUAUUAAGGAAUUAAAGGUUUAGUGUGUAGAAAUACAAAUAUAAAGCAAUAUCUAGCAUUGAGAUUCUAGAUCGAAAUGCUUUCUAUUAACAAGUUUGAGUGAGUAAGUUUUGACCAUUCUGGGCCACUGUAGAAAUACGGCGGGCAGUGGUGCCUUCAGAUGGGGUCAAGUUCACUGUGAUAAGUUUUCAGAAAUGGCAGAGCCUACUGAAUCCAGUUUCACAGAAGUACAAUAUGUCAUUAUGUUACUGACAGGGUCUGUAGUUAGUGGAGCAAAGUUGGCUGGUCUUAGUGAGAGCACAGCUUGUACAAGGUAGUUUGAAUAACAAGAGGAGCUUUGGUGAGUCUUAAUAUAGAUCAUUAACUUGGUUGACUUGUUUUGUAGUGAACUUGUUUUGUUUUGUUGUAGACUCACCAUGUGGUGCUGGCUUACUGCUAUGAAAUGACAAAAGAAGAGAGAACAGAAGUGUCAGUCGCUGCUGGUACAUUCAGAUUAAACCAGCCAAUGUAGCCUUAACUGCAAACAUGUAUACAGCCAAGCUUUACUGCAGUAUUCACAUCUGUGCAUAGGCCUUUAAACAAGCCAAGAACUGACCAAACUGAAGGACAAAAUGAUAAAGCUGUGAGAGUUUAGUGCCAAUUAUUUGAGCUUCUCACCAAGACUGUGCAUUAACAGAACCAGCAAUGUUUUCUACUUUUGAUAUAGUGUUCUUGUUUCCUCAGAAAGCUGAUUUAAAGAUCAUUUUGUUCAUUCUGCUGAUUUACUGACCAUCUGUGGGAUGAAACUUUUGAGUGUUUUUAUAAAUGCAGAGGUGAUUUUUCUUUUUUAGUAAACCGGAAAAAACAAGACCCAAAAUCAAACUGACAAUGAAGAGUAGAUCAUGAGCAGGAUAACAAGGGAAAUUCAAAGUCAAGGAUUGUUUUUAGGCUUACAGCCUCUGAUUAGUGUCCCGGUUAAGACCCAUCUUUGUGCGCUACAACUGUACAGUAUGUGCAACAAACAACAAUAAAAAUCCUUUCAUUUGAAAGAAGGUGCUUUGUCUUCAGCUUUUCUUGUGCACAUGCAUUCUCCAACAUGACCUUUGACCUCCUCUGCAGGACAUUGCUGUCUUGGCAGCGGCCUGAGUCGGCGUGCAUCAAUAACUGUAACUGCUACACAGCAUCAGUGAGCCCUGUCUGUGGAUCCAACGGAGUCACCUACCUCUCAGCCUGCUUCGCUGGCUGCACCAAACCAGUGAGUGAAACGCUGGGCUUGGAUAUAUGUAGAUACUUCUUUAGAGCAGUGAAACCAUACUGACACUGUCUCUGAGGAGACAACACAGGUGAACACCCGACUGGAUUAAAAGCAGCAGACCAGUCUUCAAGCACUCUUUAUUUUCAGACUGUUUUUAUUUUUCUGCCCAUAAGUGGAAGAAAAUGGAUGUUUUUAGUUCAUCUUAUUUGGAGUUACAAGGAUUUAAGUUUUAGUCACUCCAAAUGAUCUCCCAAAUUUGUUAGCUUUGCACAGAAGAGCCAAAAAAAAAAAGUCAUUCUUAAAUCCUUUUGACAAGUUGCUUAAGUUUUACUUGAAUAAGACUGUUUGCACUUUGACCCUGACUGUAAACAGAGAUGUAGAACUCUGACUCUUAUUUUUCAGGGCUUGUUUGACAAAGACCUGAACCUCAGCAUUGACUGCAUUCAAAUUCCAAAGAUGGACAGUAGGACUUUAACAUAAUUACUGAUACUGACUAUCUAUUUAUGAAUGUAUUUACUAUUCUUUGGUGUAAGUCCAGAAUAAUGUUGUCAAUUUGCAGCAGCUUUUGUUCAGCUGCUGUUACCAUAAAAAAAUCUCAGCUUAUCUUUUUCUUUAUAUUUAGAUUAAAAACUAUUUCAACAGACUAAACAAAGCCACAGUUUCCUGACAAGUACAGUCUUGUUCGAAUUGCUUUUGAUGGAUAUAAUAUGAUGCCCGUGGUGAAAGCAAAACUAAUUUCAGUUUCUUGAUAUCAGAGAGAUGUCCUUAUUUAUUUAAGAAACAUGACAAGACUCUUUUGUGGUUGUGUCUGUUAGUACAGUUUUUGCACAUUAAAUGCAAUUCAGGACUUUCUUAUUGAUUCAGGUGUCUCGAAACAACAUACCUACUCUUCUUCGUCAGGUACAUGUGGCUCAUAUUUAGCCUUACAGUAUAUAUUUACUAGAAGUAAGAGAAAAACUCUUGCUUUGUUUUGAGUUUUUGCAGAGCUCUGGGAUGUGUGGAGAGGUGCCAUGAAUUGAGGGUUUUAUAAAAGAGCAGAGCAACAUGUUCUGCAUGUAAAAGAAACUCCAAGGAGACAACAAAACUUCAACAUUCAGACAUAUUUCCAGAGUCCAAACCCAGUCUAAAGUUGUUUGCACUGUUACUAUAAGCAAGCUGCUGGCUAACAGGAGCUGUCAAAGAGAGUUUGUUAGUUCAAAUUCUGAUGAAAAUGGAUGGGUCGCAGGUAAAUUGAGUUUGCUAGACAUCUGCAGUGAUCCUAAGGCAGCAGAAGGAUGAUUAUGUUUGCCCACUGAGAGACAAGGGGUAAGCAUUUACACACACAUUAAAAAAUUUAAAUCUCUGUUCAUGCUGAUGUAAAUGAAAUGUGUUUUAAAAGGUCAAACACAGUCAGUGAAGGUCAUACAGUAAUACAGAUCCUCUUUAUAAAUCCUCAGUCAAUAAGGACCCAACUGGGGUUUGGACUCAGAGAAAGGGAACCUAACUCAGACAGGACUUGGUUUCUCUGCUGGUGAUUCGGACUGAACUCAGACUUGAGCACUGGAGACUUAAUGUUUGACUCAGAAUGAUACAACUACAGCACUGCAACAGCUUCCUAGACACAGGGGAGCUCCAGCUAAAUAACAGGGGGGCAGAGCAUUUACAAAACAUGCACAGCAUACGGCAGCAGGGCUGAUCCAGAUCUGUGUCUUUAUGGUGAAAUGACAGCUUCUCAUCAUCUUGUCUCUGCAUCAGAACCUGACCAGCUGUACGUGCAUAUCCAGCACCACUGAAGAUGCUGUGGCUUUACCGGGGAAGUGUCCAAGUCCAGGCUGCCAGCAGGCCUUCCUUACCUUCCUCUGUGUGAUCUGUGUGUGCAGCAUGAUCGGAGCCAUGGCCCAGACUCCCUCUGUCAUCAUCCUCAUCAGGUGAGGAGACAGAGUGCAAGACCCAGACUGUCCACUAGAGAGAGCUGUUGGCAUGUUAAACUGGUCAAUAUACUGACAAACACACAUAGCUCGUUACUUACAGCAUUCAGGAAUACUGAAGGACAUCAAAAAGAAGGGUAUGAAAAAUGUUAUCAAUAAUUAGGCCUCUUUAUGCACAACAAAAACAAAACAGACCAUCAGCCACAUUAUGAGACCAUGACCUUUUUGACAAUAUUUCCAUAUCCAAAGAUAUACAAUAAUAAAAUAAAAAACAGCAAAACACACCCAAUUGAAAGCCUCAACAAAAAAAAAUUAAACAACCUAAAUGUUAAAUUAGAUUAGAUGGCUAGUUUUUAUACUAAUCACCUACACAUGAUUCCACUUUUAAAUUGACAGAAGUGAGAUAAGUUUGAAUUCAUGAUUUGUCCUCUGAGCUCAUACUACUGAAAGGACUUAGUGGAUUUCUCCUACCUUGCUCAUUGUUUAGCUCUUUAGUCAACUUAUUAUAAUACUAAUGGCUGUGUGGCUCUGUUCUUUGUGUCAUCCCCUCUCCUCUAACAUUUAUAUCUCUUUGAUUUCCUUGUGCAAUGAUUUCCUUUGGAAGAGCAAUACUUUUACUUUUGAUAACACAAGGAGUUUUAUUUUUCUUCCUGUAAUGUUUACAUUUACAAUUUCUAUCUGUGCAUUUAUAUUUCCUACCUGUCUUAAGUAUUCCUGCCUUUCUUCCACGUGGGUCUUACACAUCAGGUUCUCCCGUAAGAUGAAAUGUUUCUAUAUGUGCAAUACAGAUAAAUUAGCAUCUCCCUUUUAAAAUACACAACAUUCUACCUGUGCAAUACAAAUAAGUGUUUUCCACCUUAUAAUAUACAAUUUUUUAUUUGUAUACAAUACAAAUUUUAAAGUUCGUUUAAUGAAACUCACAGAAAUGACUUGAAUCUGACAAAAGUAAUAUUAGAUAAAAAUUCUAUGAAAAUUAACCAAUGAAAGUCAGACUUUGCUUUUCAACCAUGCUUCAACAGAAUUAUUUAAAAAAUAAACUUAUGAAACAGGCUUGGACAAAAAUGAUGGUACCCUUAACUUAAUAUUUUGUUGCACAAUCUUUUGAGGCAGUCACUGCAAUGAAACUAUUCCUGUAACUGUCAAUGAGGCUUUUGCACCUCUCAGCAGGUAUUUUGGCCUCCUCAUGAGCAAACGUCUCCACUAGUCUCAGGUUUGAGGGGUGCCUUUUCCAGACAGCAUGUUUCAGCUCUUUCCAAAGAUGCUCAAUAGGAUUUAGGUCAGGGCUCAUAAAAGGCCACUUUAGAAUAGUCCAAUGUUUUCCUCUUAGCCAUGCUUGGGUGUUUUUAGCUGUGUGUUUUGGGUCAUUGACCUGUUGCAAGACCCAUGACCUGCAACUGAGACCAACCUUUUGACACUGGCCUGCACAUUUAUCUCUCGAAUCCCUUGAUAGUCUUGAGAUUUCAUUGUUCCCUGCACAGAUUCAAGACACCCUGUGCCAGAUGCAGCAAAACAGCCCCAGAACAUAACAGAGUCUCCUCCAUGUUUCACAGUAGGGACAGUGUUCUUUUCUUGAUAUGCUUCAUUUUUCCGUCUGUGAACAAAGAGCUAAUGUGCCUUGGCAAAAAGUUCAAUUUUUGUCUCAUCCGUCCAUAGGACAUUCUUCCAGAAGCUUUGUGGCUUGUCAACAUGUAGUUUGGCAAAUUCCAGUCUGGCUUUUUUAUGAUUUGUUUUCAACAAUGGUUUCCUCUUUGGUCGUCUCCAGUUACGUCCACUUGGCUCAAACAACGAUGGAUGGCACGAUCUGACACUGAUGCUCCUUGAGCUUGAAGUUCACCUGUAAUCUCUUUAGAAGUUUUUCUGGGCUCUUUUGUUACCGUUCAUAUUAGCCGUCUCUUUGGUUUGUCAUCAAUUUUCCUCCUGUGGCCACGUCCAGGGAGGUUGGCUACAGUCCCAUGGAUCUUUAAUUUCUGAAUAAUAUGUGCAACUGUAGUCACAGGAACAUCAAGCUGCUUGGAGAUGGUCUUAUAGCCUUUACCUUAAACAUGCUGUUCUAUAACUCUCUUUCUAAUCUCCUGAGACAACUCUUUCCUUCGCUUUCUCUGGUCCUUGUUGAGUGUGGUACACAUCAUGUCACCAAACAGCACAGUGACUACCUGUAGCCUUAUAUACAGGCCCACUGACUAAUUAUAAGAUUGUAGACACCUGUGAUGCUCAUUAGUGGACACACCUUGAAUUAAUAUGUCCCUUUGGUCACAUUAUUUUCAGUCUUUUCUGGGGGUACCAUCAUUUUUGUCCAGACCCGUUUCUUGAGUUUAUUUUUUAAAAUAAUUCUGUUGAACCACAGUUCAAAAUCAAUGUCGGAUUUUCAUUAGUUCAUUUUCACAUAUUUUUUUUUAUUAUUAGUACUCUUGUCAGAUUCAAGUCAUUUCUGUUACCAUUGUGGGUUUGUCUUUCAUUAACCGAGGGGUACCAACAAUUUUGUCCACGUGUGUAUAUAUUUCUGCAUGUGUAGUUUACUUUUGUAAGUAAACUUGGUAAGUUAGGCACUGUUAAAUGUCAGAAGUGGAUUUCUAUUCUGACUCUCUUCUACUUUAAAUUUCUGUCCUUUCUGCUCAACCUCUCUUUAUUUUCCAGAACUGUGAGUCCAGAGCUCAAAUCGUACGCUCUUGGUGUUCUGUUUCUGCUCCUGAGGCUGAUAGGUAAGAAAUUGAACAGGUUUGUCUCUAUUUAUUUACUGUUUGUGUUUAAAUCCACCAAAAAACCCUCUUUGUAGUUUCUACUUUGUGUUUCAGUGUCCAUGGUUGGUCUCACUCGGCUGUGUUUGUCCUGUCCAUCUUGUUCAUGACAUGUCCACUGUGGCUCUGUACUUUGUAGCUCUUUGAUUUAAAUGUCAGGGCGAGUUUUCCCCUGGGUGAAAUGAACUUCAUCGGCCCGUCUGUGCAGAUAUAAAGGAUUCCUGAAAACAAACUGGAGUGCUUUUUGACCCUCUGACCUGCUGUCUGUCUACCCUCCACCCCAUCCCCUCAGGCUUCAUCCCCCCUCCCCUGAUCUUUGGCAUGGGCAUCGACUCCACCUGUCUGUUCUGGAGCACCGUCUGCGGAGAGAAGGGCGCCUGUAUGCUGUACGACAACGUGGCCUACAGGCACCUGUAUGUCAGCAUCGCCAUCGUCCUCAAGUCAUCUGCCUUCCUCCUGUACGCCACCACAUGGCAGUGUUUGAGGAAGAACUACAAGAAGUACAUCAAGAACAGUGAGGGGUACCUCACACCCACCGAACUCUUUGCCUCCAACGUGACCCUGGACAAUUUGGGCAAAGAGAUCACCCAGAAUCCAGCCAACAGGACAAAGUUCAUUUACAACCUGGAGGACCACGAGAUGUGCGACAACAUGGAGUCAGUUUUAUAGUGGACAGAGGAGUGGAGGCCAUUAAUGUGAGACUGAUGUUUCUCUGGUUUCAGUUCAGGAGAAUGUUCACGGUGAGGAUCUUAUUUUCUUCAAAUUUAAAACAUCAAACAAAUCAAAACAAAUUAUGCCUCUGUAUCAACAUUGCACUUUUUAUUUUCUACCAAAACACACAUGAUCUCCUCAAACUGUUUUUGUCAAACAGAAUCAUAAUCUAGCAUCAAAUUUGUCUUUGACAGCAGAAUAGAGACUGACAGCAAACACGAGAAAAGAAAUGAGAAGUGACAUGCAGCAAACAUCCCUGCAAAAUCUGAACCACACUCUGAAAGAACCAGAACAAUCUUUAGUUUCAAACUGCAGUGACACCAGGUUUACAUUCGUAAGAAGACUCAAGUUUUUUUUUUAAGAAAUACAAAAACUUGGGUCAUUUGUCAUCAUCAUUAGACAGUUAUUUUCCUACAGAAGGUAGCUCUUCUCAGGUCCAGAUAUUUGAUAGAAAGGUUCACUGUUCACAACAAGAUAAGGCAUAUUUAACUCAAGGCUGGAGCAGCAGUAGGUGUUUCUUCCUUCUGAUUUUCAAGUUAAACUUAACUUAGAUGAAAAAAGACAAAGAGAUGUAUUUACUAUGGUGGCUAAUGAGGCCCGACAUACAGUGCACAAAGGAAAACCAACUCAACCGAGAGUGGAAGAUUUUUAUAAGAUCUCCUUUUAAAAUAAAUCAUGAUGGCAGAGUCUACAUGUCAAAACGUUUCUCAUAAAUUAAAUUUGCAAUAGUAUUUGUGAGGGAUCAGAUUUUAUUUGUCAUUGUGUCACCAGGAGAAGAAGACAUAAGUCUCAAAGGUCCCAUGUAAUGAAAAACAGCAUUUUCCUCUUCCAUACAUAUAAACAUAUAAACUUCAUUCAUCCUUCAGCCCUGAGAAUAUGAAGUUAACGAGCCUCCACAUUGUUUCUCUAGCACUGGCCGGUAAAAUGUAUCCUCCAUGAGGCGACUUGAACUGACUCCUGGGAUGAUGUACUGUCAGGAGUUAAUUUGAUACGCUUGCUAGCAAAACCAGUCCUCGACUCCCUCCCUGACAGAUCUGGUUACAUCAGCUGAAUCGUGUGAAGAGGAAGAGAAUCAGGUUAGGUAGUUUUUGGACUUGGUUAGCAUCUGCUAACAACUUAGUUUUGGUUCCAGAUUAAGCCAAUUUAAGAGGUGUUUAAAGCAGGUCUUGAAUGAAUAACACCAGGGAGCUUGUCUCAAAACUGUUUGUGCAGCUAGAGUCAUUUUUUUAUCAUCAUCAGCAAAUUCUAUCACACAGACUUUUUAUGUGAUACCUGAAUCUUCCUGGAGGACUCACCAUUUUAUUUUUGUUGCAGUGCCUCCCUGCUCACUCCGAUCCCUGCAUGGAUAAUCAGGUUAGAAACUGAGAGGCUGAAUUAUUGUUGUUUUUUUGCAACCAAAUUAAAAGACAAAUAGCACAUGUUGUCAACCAUAGAUAUCAAUACUAGAUACUUCACAACCAAUAUAAGACAACGGCAGUGUAUACGCCAAGGCCGCCGCCAUCUUGGAGCAGUACCGAUGACUGCUGGUAAGUGUGGUGUUGAAUGUAAACAAAUGCUGUUGUCAGGUAAACCACAGGCUUCCAAAAUGUCAGCCCAUAGAAAACCAUUGACAAGCACCACUCCAAGAUGGCGGCGGUCUUGGCGCAUUCUGGGCAGGGUCGUGAGGCAUCUAGCUUUAUAUGAUAACAGUGUUGUCAACAGCAGAACUAUCAUUAUAUGGGACUUUUAAUUUUAGACUUUCUGUUGCAUAUAUAAUUCAGAUUGUUAAACAUUUAAAAAGUAGUUCUUCAUUAGCCUGGAUGGCCCAGCCAGGCUAGUUCUUCAUAGCCUUUGGGCCACAGGUGAAGGUAGAGCGUUGAGACUUGUGUGUUUCAUUUUAUCCCUUUACUUUGUCAUAGAGUAGAGUUUUGCUAUGAGUACUGAGAACUUGUGUAGACUAUUUUGUUGAUUUCUGAGCUGCAGAGCUUCUUUUUAUAUCAUAUUUAUACAAUUUUGUUGAUUUUCAGCGAUUUUUCUAUUUAAAUUUGGUGCAACUUAUAAGAAAUAGUUCUUCCUUAGUGAGGACCAAACCAAUGAGAUUACAAUUAUUCAUUGAUUAUAUUGAAAUAAUAACUCUCAAUUUAUUUGCUGCCAUUUAUCUGGGAACCUGCUUUGAUCUGCUGCAGAUCUCAGGCCAUGACAACCCCCCCCCAGUGCCCCACAGAUAGGAGGAUGGAGAGAAACAGAGAAAGGGUGGAGGAAAAGUUGCAAAUUGGAAGAACCAAUGAGGGAGGAGAGGGUUGGACUUGAGUUCAGGAGAAACGAGAAGCUUUGUUGCAGUUGGGUCCCGUUCAUGAUGCUUUAUAGCACCACUUGUUAAAAUAAACAAUGAGGCAGGACAAAGAAGUCAGGUGGCCCUCCUAUAACUUAUGAAAUAAAAACACAUGGACAGAUUCAGUGACAGAACCUCUAAUGACACAUAAGUCACAUGACUCUCUCUCUCUGACCGCUGAUGUGACCACCACUGAAUCUCUGCUAAAAACACAAAUGUUGAUGAAAAAUGGAGAAAAAACUGACGACGAUUUACUCUACUCUUGGGGACGCUCCCUGCAGCAGCAAUGCAUGGAAAACGUAGCAUCAUUAUAAAUAACCAGCAGGGAACCCUCUGAAUAAGACCCUCCAGGGGGGACGUUUGUAUGUAGUAAGGCCAAAGCAGGUGUGGGUUGUGGGGGAGGGGGCCACCACUUAUAGAAUCAGUUACAGCAGACUGAGUGUGAAGGCAUGUGAGAAAAACGCCAAGACGAGGCGGUGAGACGUGAUGAUGGUGGUGGGCUAGCUGUCAGCAGACACAGCAUAGCAUGACGCACAGUGUCCAGCCAGAAUUAGUACAUUUAAAAGCAUGCUGGCAAUGCAUGCAAUAAGAACAAAGAAAUAUUCAGGAUGUCACUGAGCUGCACAGACAGACUCUGUGCUUUAGUGGCCGUGGUAAUUGUUAAAUACAGAUUUAACUUAAAUUUACCACGAUGGAGAAGCUUUAUAAUGCAUACUGCAUUGUGAUGUCGACAAUUUUUAACAAACCGGGACUGAUUAAUGAUCACUCACACUGCAGUGGUUGUCUACACACAGUUUAUUUUAUUUUAUUUUAAAUAUUUAUUUUAAAAGAAUUCUGAGGGAUUCAUUUUUCUGACAUAUCAAGUUUAUAGAGAAAAUAUAUAGUUUUUCCUGCCUUACUUUGUAAGUAUUUCAUAUGUUUAGCAUCAAAAAAUUGGCCCAUUUUUUGGCCACUCACCAUGCUGAUAGAUUUUGUCUCUAAAACAUGUUAUUUCUUCCAACGUUUUCAAUGUGGGGAUGAUAGGACUAAGUUUAACAUGUCAGAAAACAAGCCUAUUAAUCCUCAUGUCCAGAGUUAAAGGAAUAGAUUGAUACCAGUGUCGUAUAUGUGGAGGAAGCAUCAGCUGUAGCGUUUUGCUGGUUAUCUUAGCUUGGCACAAAGACAGGUCAGUUUUAAAUCUAAAUGCCACUAUUCGGGGUUUUUACAAACUAAGCAUGCAGAUGCAGCUUAUCAGACCACCACACAAAAGACAGCAGAGGACUUAUUUGGAGUGUAAACCUGAAGCUGUCUCCCACUUCUUAGUUAUAGUUUCAGACCACACUGGUGUAUCAGUGCAGCAAAUAUUAGAAUAAUAAAUGUAGAAGCUCAUGAAAUACAUUUUACUGUAUCAUUUGAUUCCCAAAGCAUUGUAUUUGUGUUCAUAUGGACUUAAAAACUGUUUAAAAAUACAAAAUAAUGUUAAGUAAAAAGUAAUUAAAAAUGCAAAUAACAUCAAUUAACUACAGAAAAAUGAAUAAUUGAGAAAUUCAAGGAUUCAAGGAACUUUAUUUGUCCUACCCCACACCUUUGAUGUCUGUGGUACAAAAUUAGUACCCAGGUCAGUUUCCAAGCCAAGAAUAAAAUACAAUACAAUACAAUAAAUAAAAUACAAUACAAUAGAUAAAUGAACCUUGGAUGUUUUUUCUAGUUUAACCAGCUGUUUGUCUCAGCUUCCUAUUCACAUACAUGUUUAUGGUAUCAAAUCUGUUCCUCUUGGAAGAUUAGAGAUAUUUCCCACAAUGCUAGUUUGAGUUCCUGAACCCCUCAAACACCCUUAACAAGUCACAUGAUUUAGUCUUAUUUUAUGCUGCCACUAAUGUUUAUGGGCACUUUAUUUUGUGCAGAUGAAAGUUAAAUUGGACCUACUUUGAAUAUAAGAUGUGUUAAGUGAAGUUGAACUCAUAGUAUAAGAUUAAAACUAUCCAUUUGUGGUUAUUGAGCACCAUAAUUAAUACAGAUAACAAUAAAACCCUAAAUAGGGAAAAUGGGAAGUUGUAGAAUAUUUGAAUGGACCUGAAUUCAACAUGGAGCCAUGCCAAACCACACCAGACUUAAGUAUGGCUAGUUGGCUUGAUGUGAACUACUAGAGUUUGAAUACAGAUUUCUAGCAUUUUACUGAGACUUGAAUUUCUUAAAAAGAAUAAAAUGGGGCACUGAGUACAAAUGGACUGUUCCCAGCAGGAUAUUCAGGACAGCUGGACAUUAUUAUGCUGGGAUGUACAAACAACUCAAAACAAAGCUUGAAAAAAAGGAGGAGAGCAUUAACUAACAGUACCAGCUCGCCACCGUCUCCUCCUCGGCUUCUGCCAACAGGUGGCGCUGUCUUUGAUAACUGUACCGUCCAGUGUGUCAUAGUGCUGACUCCUCUGUAUAUAAUAGUGCCAUACAAGUGCCAAAGUGACACCAUAGAAGUGUUCUGUGACGUCCUGCAGAGAUCUCUGUCUCAGCACGCUGGGGCUCAGAGCAGAUCCUCCAGCUGUAUGUAGCCUUUCUGUGAUAUCCCUCAACUUACUUUCACCAUAUCAUACAAAAAUGUCCCGAAAACAUAUUGCCUAUAAAAUAUUGUACAUGGAUCUAGAAAACAGUAUUAUUUAGGAUGUAAUAACUGUUAAUAUGUAGGACUUUUCUACUAGUGACGGUAUUGUCUACUUUAGAAUAAACUCUCUUUCCAUCAGUGGCAGAGCUGAUAACUGUGUGUUGCUUUGGUCCAAAUAAAAACAACACUUUGCUUCAGAUAAGUGGCACCAAUGUUAAGCUACAGCCUGACAUUGCACAGUAGAAGAGGCUGACUGUAGACAAAAAGCAGCCAGACUUUACUGAUAGCAGUCCUGCACCUGUGCCUGGAUAUUAAGCUCUGAGACUUACUGACGUUGUGCCAUAUCAACCUGUGCACUGUAACACUCAACACUCGCAAAGAAGAAGAUGAUGAAGAACAAGAAGACAACAUAUUGUAGGUCUGUCCCAUGCUUGACCUUGCAUUCACCUGUGGCGACAGGACUGUUUUGCCUUGUGAUGAGAAAAACCUUUGAAGCAUAAUUUUUUUUUUUUUACAUCCUAUUUUUCUCAUUAUUCUCUUUUGAUGACCUUGCCUUGUGGUAACAGCAGGCUGAAUUUUAUAGCAGAUCUUUAGUGACAGAAGUCCAGACAUAUGAAGAGUUUACUCCCAAAAUACAUUCAAGGGCAAAAACAAAACAAAACAGAAAAACAAAAUAAAAAAAAAAAAACGGUCCUGAGCUUUGUCACACAACAGGCAUUUGAACAUCAAUGGGCAGUUUAUCUGUAAAUAAGUCCAUGAUUUCUUUUUGUUGCCGUUAGUUCUUUCUAGGCCUCUUUUCAAAACGAUGACUGUUAUUUUGGAAGCAAACUCUUCGUAUGCAGGUAGAUAAUCUCUGGUUUGGGCCUUCAGGCAGCAUGUUGCCUUUAAUUCAAGUGAAACCAUGUGCUAACCAUGUUAGUGAUGGUUUUAGAGUGAUGUGUUUGCUUCUAUUGUGGGUGGUAUUCACUGUUUUGAUUUCAUGGCUCUAUGCAGAAGGACCGUGGAACAGAAAAGGGCAUUGAAAUAAAAAAAUAUCACCUAUAUUUUCAAAGCAUCACUAAAGAUUUUUAGAAAUUGCUUCUUUGGAUUUAUUUUCUUUUUUCUUUAAAUUAUAUGACUUUAUAUUUAAAAGCUUUAUGUUCUGUAUAUUUCUUGGAAAAGAUUACAUGAUUGUAUGUUUAUUGUAAAUACAUUAAAUAUACUAUUUUUGUUUUUAACAUGAC